AUGAAUGACCCAAAACCAGACACAAAGACUGACCAAAGAGGCGACUCAAAGGGUAGCUCCAAAGGAGACCAAAAGACUGAUCACAAGGGUGACCAAAAGGCUGACCAGAAGCCCAGCCCAAGGGCCUCCCCAGUGAAAAGUGUAGACUAUGCACAAAUCAAAGCCAAGGCACCAAGAGUUCUGGCAGACAUGGUACAAAUGCUUAUCCUUUGGCGGAAAAUGGGCUUCCAUGUGCCACGAGGGGUCAAGAAUAUCUUUGAGUUUACAUGGGAUGAGCUCCUGGUGACACCACCGAGAAAAUCAUUUGCUGGUUUAUAUUGUCCUGUGGUCAAGUUUGCUUCCACGGAGGACGCUGAUAUUUCCUCCACUCCUACUUCAAGAGCUCAGAAGGUGGGUCCAACACCCUCAAGGUUAAAAGCGAAUUAUGUGACCCCUUCAUCUGAAGACCAACAGAUGCUUCUCAAAUUCCAAAAACGGUCUGUCCAUCUCCUCACUGAACUCUUGAAGAUGAAGAUGAAACUAAUGAUUGAAGCAGCUGCUGGUGAGAUCAUCUAAACUAAGUGUUCCUGCCAGCUUCGAUUUACACAUAGAAUUUAGUAAUCUCUUUGGAAAUCCUGAACCUUAUCAGACAAGUAGGCACCAUCCUCCAGGAUGAAACUGAGUGUUGUGGAAGGCAGCACAUAUCUGUCAUGUGCUUACCAGUACAUGCUAUGGUCCCUGCAGUUGGAAACACCAAAAACCAGGGUUCCUGGUGAUGUGGAUUAUUGCCUUCUCAUGUACCCUUGUGUGAAUGUAGGCACAUUGCAAAUAUCUGAUUGAACAUGUGUGUUGCAUGGGCAGACCCUGUCACCUUUUGUCUUAUAUUUGAGUGUACAGGAUGAAAUCUGUAAGAUCUGAGUUGGGCUGAGCUAGCACUCAGAGGCUGAGUUAGCAUUCAUGAAUUAUAUGCAAUUUUUUGACAUGGGACUGUAAAGAGGCCAGAUUUGUUUGGGCUAGUGCUUUCAUUCUUGCUUUGAGGUUCUAGGUUCAAUCUCUGGCUUCUCCCACUAAUAAUAACAAGUGCUUGGUAAUAAUAACAGAAACCUUGGGAAACUGCUUCCAAUUAAACAACACCAAGGUAGUGGGACCAAUGGUUUCACUCAGCAGCAUUUUUUAUCUGCAGUUAAUCACACUGGUUAAUGGGAAAUUACAUUCCGCUGCCGCUAUGAACACACACUUUUCUUAUUUUAUGCAUGGUAGCUGCUUUAAUAUCUAUGUCUAUCUAAAUGUACACCCCAAUUGUUCAAAUAUUACCUUUAAUUUCUAACCAUCAUGUCUCCUUCCCAGGCCCCAGUGUUGAGGAGAUUGCAAGGAGGUUUUUGGAAGGUGGCCAAAAUCUGAUCCCGAAAACACGUGAAGAUGCAGCUGAAUUCACACCCAAAGAACCUAGGAGGAGAGGUUGGGGAAGAAACAGUGUUGUCAGGUGUUUGGACCCUGUGAUAGCACCACUCCAUUAACUGUUUAUACUCUAGUCUCCUUUGCAGCUGGAAAUGCUUUUGUUCCCAGGAGUUUUGCAUGUGCCAAGAAGAUGGGCCAACGAGUGGGUAUGGUAGCAAGAACACUUGGGCUGAGGCCUUGGUGUAUUCAUGCACCAGAACAAGAUGUGAAUGAGGUGGCAGAGUCCAGGCCAGCAUAUUUUAUUCUUACGUUAUUUUAUUCUUAUUUAUUACUGUAUUUUUUGCUCCAUAACACUCACUUUUUUUCUCCUAGAAAGUAAGGGGAAAUGUCUGUGCGUGUUAUGGAGCGAAUGCCUACGGAUGGUGGGGGGACCUGCUGCAGUCGUGAGCAGAGGAUCCAUGGUUCCCCUUCCUUCCCUCCUCCAUGGCUCACUUUGAAACAGCAAAGUGGGAGAAGAGCCACUGAGUGGGGAGGAGAGAGGGACAGAGAGCCUGCUUGCUUUAAAGGAGCAAAGAGGGAGAGGAGAGGAGCCGCUUACACGUGUAAGCGGCUCCUGUCCGGUUGGCUCCUUUAAAGCAAGCAGGCUCUCUGUCCCUUUCUCCUCCCCACUCAGCUGGCUAAAUAGCAGCAAAGUUUUUCAGUGAGCCGGGGAGGAGGGAGAGAAGCAGAGCCUGCUUGCUUCUCCUCUUAUACCCCUCUUCUGCAUUAUUAACAGCAUCCUUCUCCACCCACCCCACGCGUGUUCCUUGUCCCUUGAGUGCUUUUCCUUCCCUCCCCACUUAAAACGUGGUUACAAAGCACGGAUCCACAUGGAUCCUCAGGAUUUUUGCACUGGGUCACCCCAAAUUCACCAUCAGAUCACAUAGCAUGUCCAUGGCUACAGCUUGCACCCAAAAAAUCACGCACCCACUGUUGCCUGGGGCCGCAGUGGUGCAAAAACGUGGUUACAAAGCAUGGAUCCACAUGGAUCCUCAGGAUUUUUCCAUUGGGCUACCUCAAACUCACCGUCAGAUCACAUGUCUGUGGCCACAGCAUGAACCACAAAAAUCAUACAUCCACUGUUUCGUUUAGAAUAUUUUUUUUCUUGUUUUCCUCCUCUAAAAUCUAUGUGCGUGUUAUGGUUGGGUGCGUGUUAUAGAGCGAAAAAUACGGUAAUUUAUAUAUAUACUACUUACAUGCCAAAAUGGCUUCCUAAGCAGCCUACAAGAACAAAAUCAAUUAUAAAAUAUCCACUCACAAUUGAAAUGCGUGAUAGAACAAUUCCACGAUCUAACUGGAUUGUUAAACCACUCUGAGAAUUGUAGCUCUGUGAGGAGAAUGAGGAUCUCCUAAUAACUUUCUGCACCCUUAACAGUUUUAUUUUGCAGUGUGUGAAGAUGUACUUUGUUUUGUGUGAGUUGAAUCUUCCAACAUUCAGCUUUACUGAACGCUCCUGAGUUCGUAUGUUAGGAGAGGGAGAAGAACCUUUCUCUUUCCAUUUUCUGUACAUACAUAAUUUCUAUCAUGUCUCUGCUCUGAACUAAAAAGCCCCAAACAUUGUAAGCUUUUCUCCUGAAGCAGCUGCUCCAUCAGGCUGCCCAUUUUGGUUGCCAUUUCAGGUUUUCUUCACAGAUGUGGUACCUCUGAGGUAUUUUACUUCCUGCUCUCCAGAGUGUUUUCAUUUUUAAAACAAUCUGAAAUUGAAAGGAAUUCUUAACUCAUCAGUUUGUGUUUUAUUGCCGCAGGACGUGGUAUGGCACCAAUACUUCCAGCGAUUCCUAUUUCUUCCACCACCCAGCUUAUACAGCAAAUGUCAAUGAACUGUCUUUGCUUUCAGUUGUCUAUGAAAGACACCAAGCAGCAAAAGAGCACAGGUAGAUACAAUUUCUAGAAAAUCAGAGAAUACUAAAUGCUCCGUAGGGCAGAGUUUCCACAGAUGCUAUGGGAGCCCAUGUUGCAAUGCUGUUGCUGUGUUAGCCCUUGUAGAUACUGGUAGCAUUUUGCAUUUGACUUUACUGCUGGAGGAGCACAGGAUCAUGACUAUAAUAUGCCAACAUAACCAUGGUGUAGCAGUCAUUAGUGUAACUGGGCUAUUGAGCUGGUACAGUAGGGCUAUCCACUUGGCUAUUUACCUAUAAACAAACAGAGAGGUUGUGUGUGUGUGUGUGUGUGUGUGUGUGAGAGAGAGAGAGAGAGAGAGAGAGAGAGAGAUUUACUGGUGAGUGCAAAGAAUUUAAUAAUGAAUUUUGACUUCCAGUUUUGAUAAAGUGAUGUGAAGUAUAAUGUACAAAAGGCUAUUUGCAACUUACAAAAACACCAUGUGGAAAUGUCAAAAGUAUCCAGUAGGCUGUACUGAAUAAAAUUUAAUAUUUGACGGAUUUACAGGAAGACUUUAGGAGAGCUCUUUCCAUAUAUAUAUAUAUAUAUAUAUAUAUAUAUAUAUAUAUAUAUGUUUGUUUUCCAGGUAAAGCUUAUGAUGAGAGACUUGACCCAUGUCCUGAAGCUAGGGAGUUGCUCCGAGAAAUUUGCCGGACUAUGUAAGCAUCUUCAAAUGUUUAGGAUACAACACACCUUUAUAGGGUAAUCUCAUGGGUUAUUUUAAUAGGUCGAAAGCUCAGCGCGCAACCCCACAUCUGCGGUGGGAUGAUAUGUAGACAGAUGUUUUAUAUAGAGUCCAUCUAGGCGUCUAUUUGGUUCUCUGGUUGGCAGUAGCUCUCCAGAGUCUCAGGAACUGGCCUUUCCUUACCCUGCACCAUGAGAGACUUACUUGAAGAGGACAGGGAUUGAUCAGUGGGUUUUAUACAUACAAAAAUGGGGAUUUUCACCGGUAGCCAACAAUGUUUUUAGACCCACCACAGCCCAACUGUAGCUCAAACCUAACUCAAACUUAGCUCAAAACAUUUCGGCCAUUACUGACUCUGGAAUGAAUGGUCUUAGGGCUACCUCAUCUUUAGAUGGAAAUGUGUAUUACUCAGUUAGGCCCCAUCCACACCACUAGUUACCAAGUGCAGUAAUGCAUCUGAAUACCAGUUGCUGGACAGCACAGAAGGCGAGAGUGCAUUUGUGCUGGGUUCCUACUUGAGGGUUUCCCACAGCCAUCUGGUUGGCCACUAUGAGAACAGUAUCCUGGACUAGAUGGGCCCGUGGCCUGAUCUAGCAGGUGGUUCUUAUGUUCACUUGCAUUCCACUUAAACAGUCACAGGCCUCAUGCCUUCCCUCAAAGGAUAUUGGGAAGUGUAGUUUGUUAAGGGUGCCCAGAGCUGUUAGGAGACCCGUUUCCCUCACAGAGCUACAGUUCCCAGAGUUCACUCAUAAAAGUCUUUGGCUGUUAAACCCUUCUGGGAAUUGUAGCUCUGUGAGGGGAACAGGGUCUCCUAACCACCUUCAGCACCCUUAACAAACUACAUUUUCCAGGAUUCUUUGUGGGGAGUCAUGAGUGAUAAAGUGGUAUGAUAGUGCUUUAAAUGUAUUGUGUGGAUGUUGCCUUUUCUUGAAAAUGUAGCCAGCCAGCCCUGCUGUGUUGGGGCCCCCUCCUGCUCAUUCCUUUCAGACUCCCUCUCCCAAGUGGCACUUAUGUAUGUGUGAAUUAAUUCUAAGUUUCAGCCCCUUUCGUUUAUUUUACUCUGUAAAGUUGCUGGCAGCCCGAACAUGAGAGCUAUUGAAAAAAAUUAUCCUGAGAAUGACAUCAAUUUGUUUUUGUUUUAUUAUGUAUUUUGUGAUUUCAUUUUGUAUUUUUAUCCCCCCCCCCUCGCCCCGUGAUCUUUGGAUGAAAGGUGGUAAACUAACUAACUAACUAACUAACUAAAAAAACCUACUGAAGUUCCAACUCUGCUGACACACAGGUGUCUAAUAAGAGACACUGCUGUUGUUUCUGUUCCUUUUAGAGCGGAAGAGAGGAAUGCAGCCAUAACAAAAGGCCAUACGAGGCCCCUAAUCCUGAGAAAUUACAUGACAAUCCACAGAUCACCAUCUCAGGCCUUGAAAAGGGCUUCAGUGUCCCUAAUAGCUACCGAGGUCCGUCGUAUGAAAGGGAAGAAGUUCUUCUUUUCCUUUCCUGAUGGAACAUCCCUGAUGUUGUAUCCUUAGGAAUGUAUGGGGAACGAGUUUGGGAAAUAGGAUUGGUGGUUGUUCUUUUCCAUCCCUACUGUACAGGGAUUAGGCUUCUUCUGAGUGCAGCUACAAAAUUCAGUGUGGCUUCUUGAUUAGCAGUUUUUUCAGACUUUUAAUGGGUCUAGACUGUUCAGUUUAUCUCUGUAAGCCAAACCUCCUGUGCUGGAGUGGAAUAUUUACAGGUCAGCUGAUUGUGGGGCUUGCUGCAAAGAACUGCACCGGGCGUGAUGCACUGGGCUUUGCAAGGGCCACUGACCAGCUGAUCAGCGGUGCUUGCUUUGGCACAUUACAUCUUAACCUGCUCCACACAUGACACCACUGUUUUUGACAUCAGGCACAGGGUAGGUGGACAUGGCUUGGCCUCGCAGGACAAAUGGGGCAGGGCUUCCUUCAAAGAGUGAUGGGGGAAGCCAGUGGAGGCUGCUUCAUUAGGUCCAGUGAGGCGGUGCCCCACCAACCUGAGUCUGCCCUUGUUUGCUUGCCUUGUUACAAUCAAUGAGUCAGGAGCGGCUCUGCCUGUCAUUGUCUCUAGUGCCACCUGCUGUUGGUCUCCUUGCCUUCUACCCUACCAGCACCAAUAGGCACCAGGCACCACUUGGGGGGGAACCCAGAGUAGAUUUGGCGGUGGGGGCUGCACAAAGGGGGAGGGAAGAGGGGAUUUCAUUGCACUUGUGGAUGUAAGGAUGCAAAUGAGUGAAUGGAAGAAAAGAUGCAGCAAAGUGUGCCCAUUCCAGUUCUGAAAUUAAUUUGAGAUUCCUAAUGAAGUUGGCAUCUGAGAGCUGUAGAAUUUAGGACAGAGCAAACCCACAGAAUGAGAAACUAUCAGAAAUCCCCUCAUCCCUGUUGUGUGAGGGCUUGCAGAGGACACGGACUCACUUUCUGUGGGAUGUCACUUUACCGUACCCCAAAUCUGAGGGCAGGAAAAGAGGUCAGAGGAGAGAGCCUUAAUGAGAUCUACAGCCACACUCCAAGAAUCUCUCCCCCCCCCCAAAUGCCAGCCAAAUAAUGGCUGCACUGUAGCCUUCUAAGAUCAGUAGCUAAGGGAGCAAUGGCACAAAAAAUCAAGGGGGUGAUGUAAUUCAAGUACUGGUAGCUUAGCUGGUGCUGCUGAAGCCUCUCUGCUUGCAUUGCAAGAGCAUAGAGCUAAGCUAUUUCAAAUCCUUUGCACUCUUGCUUUCUCUUCUCUCCUUCCCUCCCCAAACUUCCUUGACAGCCCCUUGGCUGCAGUUCAUUUGGAGUUGUUUCACAGAAGCACAUGCUCCAUUUGAUCUUUCCACCAAACUGGGAAUUAAGAAUGAAAGACUCUGACAGUGCAGGCUUUCAGAUCAGUUCUGUAGUUCAAUUGACUCCAUUUGUCAGUCUCCGUUUUCUAACACAGUGCGUUAAACACAAAAGCCUCAUUUUGAGACCUUUACAUACCCCCUUUUUUCUAGCCGAUCACUUUGGCUAAUAGAUUCUUUUCCUUGCUGCGGUGCUUAUGAACAUGUCGGGGAAAUAACUCCUCUGAGGCAGAUUGCUUCACAGACAGAGGCACCUUAUGCUCCAUCAGACACUCAGAAGCCUUGAAUAAAACUUCACUACUGGCAGUUUGGCAACGAUCUGCGUAUGAAAAUGAUACAAGAAGGCAAAAAGCCCUAGAAUGAUGAGGACAAUGAUUUCAGAUAUAGAGUACGCACUUGCUAAUCUCCCUUCAUGGGGAAAGCUAGUGCAUCAGAGGAGGCUAAUUAAUUGUGUUAGUUUUGCACUUGCAGGGACUUUAAAGUGAUUCCUCCCCGCCCGCCCCGUGCCCUCCCCCCCCCCACUACCAGGCCAUGGGCAAAAGUCUAGGGUGAAUCAGUUGCAGGAAACAAGGAGCUGGUUAGAGGAGGAAGCCAGUAGUCAGGACGCAAGAGUAAAUCAGAACCAUAGACCUUAUAAUUCAGAGAUAUGCCCAGUGUGGUUUUUUUUCUAGGAGUGCUCAAGGGCACGUAGUACUAUCCCCCCCCUCCAACAUUAAAAGUGUGCAGUUACUGUAACAACUUCAUGGUGAGUGCCAACACCUUAUUUAUUUUUUAUUUUAUUUUAUUUUAUUUUAUUUUAUUUUAUUUUAUUUUAUUUUAUUUUAUUUUAAAAGCACUGGAUAUGACCUUAGUAUUAAGAAGCUGGUACUUUGAGGACUUGCCUUAAGGCAGUUCCUACAGUUUGUUGCUCAAGUUCGUCUUAGUUGUAACACUGAAAACAGCCCUCAUCAAAGAUCCAGCUGAGUGAACUUGUAAUAAUACAAGUUCCCACAACGGAUAACUAGAUAAAUGCAUUUCUUUUCUUUUUCUUUCUAAAAAAGUGUGAUAUUACUUGACCCAUGUCAAAGUUACCCAUCAGGAAGUGUUGCCGUCUACCAGUUUCCCAUAUGCUGUGUAGGAAAAACCAUCACCCUUCUGUUUCAGGAUGCUCCUAGUCAAACGCUUCUAGGUACAAUUACGUCUCAGGGCCAUUCGUGGAUACGCUAUUGCUUUAAGGCCAGGUGAGUGUCACUUAUUGGUCAGGGGUUGGUGCGGGAAAAAGUGCAACAGCUGAGUACCCAGUGGAUUCUGGGUACUGAUGUUAGAUGGGCCAUUGGCCUGAUCCAGUAGGACUCUCCUUAUUUCCAAAUGUCUAAACAAGAAGGGAGCAGCACCUUCAAAACAGUGGUGAAAGCAUACUGAGAGAUUACUUUUUUAAAAAACCAACAACCCACAUUGAAUUAUACUGACCUUGGCUCAGUUGUUCACAACUGGCACUGGCAUUGCUUCUGCUUACCUAGAAAAGUCUUGAGGCUGUGCAGGUGAAUGGGUGGGGCUGACACUGCUGAUCUGGCACUCUCACUGGUGCACAUGCAUGCCCCGACGUCACUACUGCUCCACCACAUGGGCAUCACUGCUUAGGCCAAAAAGGAUGGGCACCACCAGAAAGGUCGCAAAUGUGCAUAUAAUUUACACAUUUAUAGAUGUGAAUUUAGAACUCUUUACUAUAAUUUACUAUAAUCAGUCCUCCAGACAUUGUUGGACUCCAGCGCUAACUGGCUCCAGUCUCCAUGGCCAAUGAUCAGGGAUGGUGGAGGUUGUAGUAUAACAACAUCUGGAGGUGCACAUGUUAGCCACAAUCCAUCUCACCAUAGUGGGCGAGGCUGUGGCCAGCUCACCUGGGUGCCUGCUCAGACUGCUAUUCAGGGGCUCACUGCUGAUGGGUAGUUUCAAGGCUGCUGCUCUCCCUUCUUAUGGCUUGCUUUUCUUUAAACUGGACUUGAACCAAACGGCCCAAACAGAAGACUACUUUUAGUUGAGGACCGUCAUCCUGUGAAAGCCCUUCAAAGAGAGGACUGUCCUCUGUAAAGUAGCACACAUGGGUACCGUAAUCCUGACCCAAGCCAUGCUCAUCUAGAGCAAGCUGUUUAUAUUGAUAGCUUUACCUGCACAUGUCUCAUAGGCUCAGAACAUUCACCUCUGCUGACUGGGUGGUGGUAGUAACUUCAGGAUUAUAAAGAUAUUAAUGAGUGCUUAUAGAAAUGCCUUCAUUUCCUGGACCUCUUAGGUAUCAUGUGAGAGAGGCAUUAUCUCAAUUUUACAGAUGAAUAAACAAGAAACACAGCGAAAGCUCAAGGUCACAUAACUAGCCAGUGACAUGGAUGGAAAAGCCAAGGGCCAUAACCCCAAUUAAAUCAAAUGUGCCUUAUCGUUCAUGGUAGACUUUUAAAACCAAGUAGUGUAGAUCUGUUACUGGUCAUUUAUUGUCAUGAUUUGCAUCCAUCAUUCCUUUUAUAUGGGAGGAUUAAUUAAUUAUCUCACUUCUCAGUCUUUAAAGCGUGUGAUAUAGGAAGCUGCUAAUGGCAGAUGUUAAAAGCAUAACCCCACUGGGUGUAACUAAUGGUUACGCUACAUGGCACUGCUCAGGGAGAAAAAGGUCAUUGGAGUGAUGAGGAUUUGGAAAGGGGAUUGGAGGGGGGGACUAACAUAUUUCUGCAGCCAGACAGGGGCAGGCCAGAAACAGUUACACGUAUUUCCUGGGGAGUAAAGAGCAACCAGAACAAAAGCACAGCAGCUAUAGAGAGAUCUGAGGAAACUGAGAGGCCAGGGUUAAAGAGGCCAUGGCUGGAGGCAGCAAUGCAUUUGAAUACCAGUUGCUGAAAACCACAGGAGGGGAGAGUGUUCUGGUGCUUGGGUGCUGCUUGAGGAUUUCGCACAGGCCUCUGGGAGGCCUCUGGGAGAGCAGGGUGCUGGACUAGAUAGGCUAACUAGUCUGAUCUGGCAGGCUCUUUUGUCCAUAGGAAAGUAGGGACCCCUAAAAAGGGGGGGACUGACUGGUGUGCCUGUGGGAAUGAGGAAAAGGAUCAUUUGACUGACCACCUGACUUAUCAUCAGGAGAAGAAAUCAUGCAAUGAUGUAAAUGCAUGCAACUAGUCAGUUUUAAUAAUUUCUGAAAGCUUGCAAGGAUUUAGGUUCCACACCAGAGAAAAGUAGUGGCCCAGCUGGCUGGUAGUUAGAAAAAAGACAAAUGUGAGAGUUGAGAGUUGGCAGUGAUGUGACUUAGAAGUAAAGCAGCAAGCUUUUGUUUGAAUCUAAAGCUCUGGCUAUGGGAGAAACAAGACCCUUGAGGGUGUUGAUGCUGUGAACCCCUCCAUCACAGGCUCAGGGUAUAUGUGUGUGUAAAUAAACCCUCUAUCAUAAAGGUACCACAGUCUCCACUGUGCCUCAUUCCCAAAGAAACAUGAACCCUGGGUAAGUGCCUGGAACCUCUGGAAUCUCACACCGCUUGGAGACUGGGGAGGUGUGCAACAGUAUUAUAACAUCUAUUGUGGGCUAUGAAUAUCAUGGUUCAAUCACAUCAGUUCAGGAUAUUAAAAAAUUGGGCCACUGAGUUCCUUGUUAUGAAUUUCCCAAUAUUACUGCAAUCGCUACAGUCAGAAUCUUUAUUAUGUAUGUAUUCCCGUCAACUUCUCCCUUAGUAUUAAAUUGCAUAGUUUAACUGUUUUUCUCUCACCCAGCUGUUCAAUAGCACUGAUGAUGAAUAAUGAAGGAGGGAGCAUUAGAGACAAGGAUGGCUAUUUAACCCAGCACUGGAGCUGGUAUUCCAAAAACCAGAUUCUGCAGUCGUUAGACUAUCAGGUAUCAAAUGAAACUCUCAGACCAAAUAAUCCACUAACACCUCACAUUUUUGGAAUAGCUGUCUCUGUGGCUGGUCUCUCUAGAAUUCUACAAAGAUCUCUAAAAGUCUGCUCUUCUAGCUGAAAGAAAUUCUAGGCAGAAAUUCCAGAUUAUGCUUUGUUCCUGCUGGUUUCCAGAGGCACAUUUUAAAAAUCCCAGAACUGCCAGCAGGCACUGGGCUAGUUGCCACAAACUCACUUGUGUGAGGGUUCCCAGAGACGAGAUCACAGCUGCUGAACUUCUCCCUUGGUCCUCCCUCUGCUGUGCUGCUGGGGGCUAAUACAUGGUUUGGCUUAGCAUGUCAUCUCAACCCUGGUUUGUGGUUUGUCUUGCUCCAGAUAAAUCAUGAGCUGUAAUCAAGAUUUGUUUGUGAGUUGUCUGGAUGAGAAUCCAUGAGGUUAGGUUUGGAUAACACAUUUAGCCAGGCCAUGGCUUAGCUCAUGGUGUGUUGGGUGCACUCACACGACUAAUGUCAUCUAGCUUGGAACUCAAAUGCCCCAUUUGUCCAAGACUUGAGUUUGCUGUGGACAUAAAGUACUAUAAUGAACUCCCCAUCAGAAUCACAGUAAUGUGAAUCACAGGAAAAUGAAGCCUAAACAAUGUGGAGCCUGCACCCCAAAUUUGGGCAACAUUUCCCCACAAAUUCACUGCUAGUUGAGGGAACUUUUAGAUGUGGGAAAGAAGGCUUUUACACUUUGCAUUGCACCCAACUAAAUUAUACUCAGGUAAGACUAAUUGAAAUGAAGUCCGUCAUGUCCACUAACGGGACUGCUCUGAGUAGGACUGACCCUGGAUACAAUCCUGUAAGCAUGAUGACAGUAGCAAAUGUCAAUUGUGUGAAUCAGCCCCUAAGACUUUCAUUAUCUUCUUUUAUUCCUUAGAUAAAUGAACAGCUAAAACUCAAGGUUCUUAAUCAAAAUUCAAUGACAAUUACUUUCACCGAACAAAGUGAAAGCAUCACCUUGUCUUUGGUAAGAGAGGGAUGCACACAUAGAUCCAAAUCUGAUAGACAGGUAAGAAGUCACAGCAUGGAAACAACAUUAUGCAAGUAACAAUUGGAUAUCCAGUAACUGCGUGUCCAUUGACUUUUUCAUAACCCUGAGGGAAAUUUCUAGAAGUAACGUUUGAAAACUUGUCUUAGGUCUAAUUUUCUCUAAUACAGCAAUCCCUCUUCUGUUAUCUCUCUUUUUGGGAUACAAAAGUCUUACCUCCGUACACUGUAGAUUGUGAUAGACUCUAUCUAUCUAUCUAUCUAUCUAGCUAGCUAGCUAGCUAGCUAGCUAUCAGAUCAUUCCUCAAUGUAAGUUCCUAAGGCAGCUAACAUACAAAUCACAUAGAAUCAUAGAAUCAUAGAAUCAUAGAGUUGGAAGAGACCACAAGGGCCAUCGAGUCCAACCCCCUGCCAAGCAGGAAACACCACCAGAGCACUCCUGACAUAUGGUUGUCAAGCCUCUGCUUAAAGACCUCCAAAGAAGGAGACUCCACCACACUCCUUGGCAGCAAAUUCCACUGUCGAACAGCUCUUACUGUCAGGAAGUUCUUCCUAAUGUUUAGGUGGAAUCUUCUUUCUUGUAGUUUGGAUCCAUUGCUCCGUGUCCACUUCUCUGGAGCAGCAGAAAACAACCUUUCUCCCUCCUCUAUGUGACAUCCUUUUAUAUAUUUGAACAUGGCGAGACUUCCAGGGUGGCGCCAUCGGCAAUGGCGGACUCCCUCUGAACUGGAGGGACUAGCUCUGCGUGAAACGGGUCUUUUCCGCUACGGCGAAGCGGGGACCCUGCUAAAAAUCACAGGCGGAUGAAGCCUGUGACCAUGGGACUCGGCGGGCACCCUUAGCGCCCCCCCAACCCGCAAAGGAACCCACUAACGGGCUCCGAAGUGAAGAGGGAAGUGGCGCGGUGCUGUGAGUCAACUGCUAUUUCCGUGGAGCGAAGCCGCAUAGCCGUUGCCGGAGAGCGCUGCCUUUUUCCUGGGACAAUUUGGCUUCUAAAAUAAGCACCCGUGAGUACUUAAAAUUUGAACAAUCGGACUUUAAAUAAGGACUUGCGUGCAGAAAGGAAUUGGACUUAAAAUUUACUUCAAUUUGGUACUGAAACGGGAAGGUCUAAACAGGAAGUCAGCCUUCCGUUUAUUUGUAGACAGAAUAAAGCAAAGACAACGUAAACUAGAGCUCAGAAAAUCGCCUCUAAAGGAUUGGAUUUCAUCAUUUAAAAUUGUGGAACCCCCCUUCGACAGCAGGAGAAGAAGGGGGAUCUUUUUCGGACUGUUUAAACCUGCAGAAGUGAGUUUAAAGUAACUUUCCACCGUCCUGAUCCUGGAGCGGGGUGUCAGGACUGACGUUUGAAGCUCAUUGACCAGAGACAAACGUUUUUGACAGAUAGUUAAAGGAAGAGAAACAUAGUGAUUCCACUGUUUCCUUUCGCAUUUUAAGGAACAAAUAUUGACAAAAUAUCUCAAAAGGAUACUUUGUUGCAAGAACAAAUAGAAGUUCUCCCCUAGAGGGAGACUGUGAAACUGUAACUAAUUCCAGGGAGCUUGCAGCUGUCACAGAUUACAAUCGUGGGAAUGGACUUGUGACCUUGUAGGACAAUGUAUUCAGAGGCUCUGUUGUGUGCUCUCUGGAAAACAAGUGCCCUACUGGAACAGUUAAAUGAGAAGAUGGAUUUGAUGACUAAUGCGGCCAGAAUUUUUGAACAGGCAGUGGGAAACUAUGUGGAGCCCACCCAGGAAUUAGAACAGGAGUGCGUCCUGACAGAGCAGAUGAGAGAAGAGGAUGUUGCUGAAUCUUGGGCGCCAGAGAUGGAGGGAGCUGCGGCCUUGCAGGAGCAUGAGCUUUUGGACUUGACAAAUGAACUUGGAAAAAGCCAGAUUUGGAAAGAUAAAGUUUGGAUUGGUUUGGAAAUCCCUACGCAGGGAUGUUUGGACUUUCCGAGUCUGGCAAUGGGCCGUGAGAUGUUUGGAGCUGUGGGGGCUCUCAAUUUUGGAGGGAUUCUGAAACAUGUUUUUAAAUACCACAUGGAGUUGAGUCUGGACUAUGGAAAAGGGGCUGAUUUGUUGAAAAGGGUCAAAAACAUCACCAAGCUGGAGUUCCCACGAGUGAAAGGAGAAUAUGAAGAAGAGCUGCGGAAGGGACAUGGAAGAGAUUUAAGGGCCUCGGAUAUAAGGUUACCAGGUUAAUGCGCUAGAUCGAUGGGAUAAAAAGGACUGACAAAACCCAGGACCAGGAGGAAAGGACGCUGGAGGAAGACUCGAUUAUUUUUAUUUUUUUUUAUUACCAGGAUUGUUUUAUAAAAUUGAUGAAUGUUAGAAAAAUGCUGGAAUGAAAUUACUUGGCUCUAGUAAAAAUGUUUAAAGAAUUAGGUAAGAAUAUUAUGGUUGUGAGAAGUCGGUAAAAAUAAGAUUUAAGUUUUAAGUUUUUAAGGUUUUCUAUAAGAUAAGAUGAAAAUAGAUUAAAGUAAUGUAAUGACAGAAUAUUAUGAAAUAUGGAAAGGAUUUGCUGCGAUAAUUAUUAACUAGGAUACAAAAAAAGGGAGGAGGAGGAGGUCAAAGAAAGAAGGUAAUGAAAGUUGAGGAUUUGAGAAUGAUGGAGUUAUUAUUGUCUGUUUGCGGCGUAUUUUUGUUUUUUGAAUUUGUAUUGUUUGAUGUGGUUUGUUUUUUCUUUGUUUCUUUUUUUUCCUUUUCUGCUUUGUUUUUUCUCUGUAAUUUAAAAAAUUUUCAAUAAAUAUCAUUAAAAGAAAAAUUAUAUAUUUGAACAUGGCUAUCAUAUCACCCCUUAACCUCCUCUUCUCCAGGCUAAACAUGCCCAGCUCCCUUAGCCGUUCCUCAUAAGGCAUCGUUUCCAGGCCUUUGACCAUUUUGGUUGCCCUCCUCUGGACAUGUUCCAGUUUGUCAGUGUCCUUCUUGAACUGUGGUGCCCAGAACUGGACACAGUACUCCAGGUGAGGUCUGACCAGAGCAGAAUACAGUGGCACUAUUACUUCCCUUGAUCUAGAUGCUAUACUCCUAUUGAUGCAGGCCCAGAAUUGCAUUGGCUUUUUUAGCUGCCGCGUCACACUGUUGGCUCAUGUCAAGUUUGUGGUCAACCAAGACUCCUAGAUCCUUUUCACAUGUACUGCUCUCAAGCCAGGUGUCACCCAUCUUGUAUUUGUGCCUCUCAUUUUUUUGCCCAAGUGCAAUACUUUACAUUUCUCCCUGUUAAAAUUCAUCUUGUUUGUUUUGGCCCAGUUCUCUAAUCUGUCAAGGUCGUUUUGAAGUGUGAUCCUGUCCUCUGGGGUGUUAGCCACCCCUCCCAGUUUGGUGUCAUCUGCAAAUUUCAUCAGGAUGCCCUUGAGUCCAUCAUCCAAGUCGUUGAUAAAGAUGUUGAAUAAGACCGGGCCCAAGACAGAACCCUGUGGCACCCCACUAGUCACUCUUCUCCAGGAUGAAGAGGAACCAUUGAUGAGCACCCUUUGGGUUCGGUCAGUCAGCCAGUUACAAAUCCCCUGAGUGGUAGCAUAGUCAAGACCGCAUUUUACCAGCUUCUUUACAAGAAUAUCAUGGGGCACCUUGUCAAAUGCCUUGCUGAAAUCAAGGUAGGCUACAUCCACUGCGUUCCCUUCAUCUACCAGGCUUGUAAUUCUGUCAAAAAGCAAGAUCAGGUUAGUCUGACAUGACUUAUUUUUCAGAAAUCCAUGCUGACUAUUGGUGAUCACAGCAUUCCCUUCUAGGUGCUCACAGACUGUUUGCUUAAUGAUCUGCUCCAGAAUCUUCCCUGGUAUUGAUGUCAGACUGACUGGGCGGUAAUUAUUUGGGUCCUCUCUUUCCCCUUUUUGAAAAUAGGGACAACAUUUGCCCUCCUCCAGUCUGCCGGGACUUCGCCUGUUCUCCAGGAAUUCUCAAAGAUGACUGCCAGUGGUUCUGAGAUCACAUCUGCCAGUUCUUUUAAUACUCUUGGAUGCAGUUCAUCUGGCCCUGGAGACUUGAAUACAUCUAAACUAGCCAAGUAUUCUUGUACUAUCUCCUUAGUUAUUCUGGGCUGUGUUUCCUUUGCUGAAUCAUUUGCUUCAAAUUCUUCAGGUCGGGCAUUGUUUUCUUUAUCGGAGAAGACUGAGGCAAAGAAGGCAUUGAGGAGUUCAGCCCUUUCUGUGUCCCCUGUUUGCAUUUCACCAUCUUCUCCUCUGAGUGACCCCACUGUUUCUUUGUUCUUCCUUUUGCUACGAACAUACCCAUAAAAGCCUUUUUUGUUGCUUUUAACCUCUCUAGCAAGCCUGAGUUCAUUCUGUGCUUUAGCUUUUCUGACUUUGUGUCUACACGUGCUGGCUAUUUGUUUGAAUUCCUCUUUGGUGGUUUCCUCCUUUUCCAUUUUUGUGCACAUCCUUUUUAAUCUUAACUCAGUUAAAAGUUCUUUAGAUAGCCACCCUGGCUUCUUUAGGCACCUUCCAUGUUUCCGUCUCAUUGGUAUUGCCUGACGUUGUGCUUUUACUAUCUCCCUCUUAACAAACUCCCAGCCAUCAUGAACUCCCUUUCCUUUUAGUAUUACUGUCCAUGGGAUCUCACCCAGCACUUCCCUAAGUUUUAUGAAGUCGGCUUUCUUAAAGUCAAGAAAUUGAGUCCUAGUAUGCUUGGCUGCUCCUUUCCGUUGUAUAGUAAACUUCAGAAGAGUGUGAUCACUUGCGCCUAAUGAUCCUUCCACUUCUACCCCACUAACCAGGUCAUCCACAUUGGUUAGGACCAGAUCUAAAAUGGCUGUUCCUCUUGUUGCUUCUCCCACUUUCUGGACAAUGAAGUUGUCUGCAAGGCCAGUGAGGAAUCUGCUUGACCUUAUGCUCUUGGCUGAGUUUGACAUCCAACAAAUAUCCGGGUAAUUGAAGUCCCCCAUUACUACUAUCUCCUUCCUUUUGCAUGCUUGGCCAUCUGUCCCAGGAAGGCAUCAUCUAUGUCCUCCGUUUGGCUUGGGGAUCUAUAGUAAACUCCCACAAUGAGGUCACUGUUAUUCUUCUCUCCCUUAAUUUUGACCCAAAUGCUCUCACUUUGGCUUUGAGGUUCUAAAUCUUGGAUCUCUUCACAGGUAUACACAUCCCUGACAUAUAACGCCACUCCUCCUCCUUUCUUGUCUGGUCUGUUUCUCUGAAAUAGAUUGUAUCCCUCCAUUAUUACAUUCCAAUCGUGGGACUUAUCCCACCAGGUUUCAGUGAUGCCUAUUAUGUCAUAUUUAGUUUGCUGUACCAAGAGCUCAAGCUCAUCUUGUUUAUUUCCCAUGCUUUGCGCAUUAGUGUACAGACAUUGAAGACCAUUAAUCAUUCCCCCGUGUCUCUUAUUUAAGGAUUUUUUCCUCCCACCACUAGGUCUGCGUGCUGUUUGCUCCAUUUGGUCUAUGAUAUUUGGAUGAUCAUCUUCAUCAACUGAUAGACUCCUACCUUCAGGAGCACUGUCUCCCUCCCCCACAUUAAUCAGUUUAAAGCCCUCCUGAUGAGGUUUCUGAGAUUUUUGGCAAAAACAUUUCUCCCAACCGUUGUGAGGUGCAGCCCAUCGCUUGCCAGAAGUCCAUCUUCAAGAAAUUGCAGAAGUAUAUCUACAAUAUCUUCGUUCCUGCCUUCUUCUUGUUGUUCUCAUAUCUUCUACAUUCUGAUCUUAACGCUUUAAAGUUCUCCGUCCCUGGCUAUGCGAUUCUCAAUCAUGUCAGAAAUUAUAUAUCCUUUCAUCCAUUGAGUUCAGCUUUGUUUAUGUAUAUAUAUUUUUUCAACUGUCGAUUUGCCAGCGCAGCUUUUCCUGAUUUCAUUCCAGUCUUCCAGUCUGGGCUGAGGUUCCAAGUCUAUCGUUUGAAGUUUCAUGAUGCAGCAACUCCCAAGUUGUUAAAUCAUUCCAAUCCGGGCUGUUGUCCAAGUCUGUCAUUUGAAAUUUAAUGACGCAGUAACUUCCAUGUGGUUAAUUGUUAAAUUGUUGAGCAUACUGUUUGCAAUGUUGCAAUGUAAAUGAACUGUAUUCCACAGAUAUAAGUCAUUUGAUGAUCGAUCAGCCUUCCCGGAGACCACACAAUCCCCCCCUCUGGGCCCUAGAAGGGGGGUUGCAAGAUCUCCAUUUGGCCUUCUCUCUCACUCAUAAUGAAGAAAUUCUGCACACAGAUGCACUGUAUGUUAUCCCAAAUUGUUGUCUCAAGUCUUUAUAAAGUCAGCUAGCAAGUAUUUCCCGCUUCCCUCAAAAAAGGGAGGAAUUCUUAUUUUUCCGUGCUGUGUCAUAUUAACAAGCGCCAUCUUGUUUCUUCUUUUAUCUUUAUCAAGUCUUUCAAGUCUAAGUAAAGCUGUGCAAUUAAAUACUUAAUUAUAAAUAGAAGUCCAUCUGUACUUUUUAAAAAAAUUAGGUUUCUUGAUGAGGCUUGGCAUAGAAAACCAAUUGUAGAUAUUGAGAAGAGAAAAAGGACAUACCAAUCACCUCCGUAAUCCAAAUGCCAUGAAGAGAAUCUUUUUGAAGUCCGAGCUUAAACACCAGGGACUGUACAGUUCUGGAGGUUUUUCUCAAUUUUCUUUUUUUUUUAAGAAUAAUUUUUUAUUAACCGACCAAUCACAUCAAAUCAAACCAAAUUACAUAAAUUCCAAAUUACACAGCCGAAUUUUAAAUUUUUGUUGGGGGUACCCAUAUUUCAAGUUCCGAAGGGGAUCCAAUCAACUUCUUGCUUCUUACUGCUGUUUUAAUGUCCACAAAUCUAAUCUUAUGAUGUUCACAGUACUAUCCAGUCCUUUCUUAUUGUUUUUCCACAUCUCUUGUUGUUAUUUUCAUAUAUUUUUCCUUUCUCUUUGUGACCUCUGAUAAUCUCCGCAAGCUGGUUAGAACAGUUUGUAAUCCUGUGUGGAUAUUAUUUUUUUUAUCCAGUAGCCAUAUCCAGACGUUUUCCAUAUAUCACUUCCAUACAUCAAAACAGUCUUAGCGUCAUUAAUCUUCACCAAUCUGCCUCCUUUCUCAAAACCUCUGAGGAGAUUCACUAGGAAUGCAGUCUGAAAACAAGUCCGUUCUUCCUCCCGGCUAUAAAUCCUUUGGCAAGAUGGCGACUCCGAAUUAAUUGCUGCACCAUUCCCAAAAGCUCUUAUUGCUUCUCGAUCUCCAUAAAGCAUACUUUUGGUUAAAGUUUAUCUCCACACAGACCUUAAUCAUCCUGCUUGGGUCAGUUCAACCGACGAUUCUAAUGAGGAGGGGUUCUUGUAAAUCACAUAGAAGGAAAGUAAAAAAGGUCCCCCCCCCAUUCAGUCCCGUUGUUGUCAACAUACCCAGCCUUUGGUGUAUCUUCAUCGUAAAAUAUUCCUGUUUCUCCAACCCGUCGUCUUCUUUCACAGAGGGCACUUAAAUUAGCAGACUUCACUCCCCUUCUUCACUUGAAAUAUGUGCAUUUGCUUCUUUUGUAAUUAAUUAUUCCAAAUUGCUGCAACUAGUGCGCAAUCAGAGACAGCGUCCAGGAGAGCCGAGGUCCACACAGGGGCAUUCUGCCUAGGGCCCUCACCCCCUUCUUUCGAAUUAGGGGGUGAUUUAUGGGCACAGCAGGCAAGGGCAGUGUUCCCCAUUUCCUUGGGGCAACAAGGGAGGCUGCGUACUCCCAUAACAGCCUCUUAAUUACCCCGUGUGGGUCGGAGAGAUGGUAUUGUCGGCCAUCUUCCAAUGUGCCCCCUAGUGGCCCCAUGUUUUUCUCAAUUUUCUUUGGUCCAGACUAUGUCUGUUUAUUGUCCAAAUCUAAUAAUUUAACAAACAGAUAUUUCCGGCUUAUGAGAGUGACUUCAGAGAGUGCCAGCCGUGUCGUGCUCUGGGACCCAGCGUCCUGCCACUUGCACCUUGAUGCAAGCUGACAAUCUCGGAUGGUCUGCAGGUCUACGAGACAGUCCUCCCCCACCCUGGGGUGUCUGCCAGCACAAAUUACCCCCACAUCAACCCUGAAUUACCAGCACUCCAAUCGUGUGAGAGUCAGACAUUUCUCACCGCUGGAAACAGGAAGCUUAAGGAGUAUCAUUUUAGUCUGGUUGUUUCCAUUCCGGAUAAGAAAAGGCAGAGUAUCACAUCUGCGGUGAUAUUUUUGUGUUACGCUAUCGCACAUUGUACUGCUAGCGAUGUCUCAUCACAAGGGAUGCCUCAUGCUUGUAUCACAGAUCUCGGCAGUAACCGCCUCUAUCAUUUUGGUUGCCCAUUUUUGAGCCUUUUUUAGCUCUACAUCAGUCUUUUUGAGGUGAGGUGACCAGACUGUGCAUACUCUUCCACCAGUGUGAUCCCUAACAGCACAUUUGGCUUCAUGCGUUGUUUGGGCCUAAGUUUUCCAGCACAUUGCCUUAAGCCUCACACAUUAGAGUGCUGUGCCCUUUAGCUAACACAUCCCUGUAGCCGGGUUUUAUGCUUAUCAGCAAAAGCUAACUCUUCUAUGAAGGCGAGUAAGCAAACCAUGCUUGCCUCUUUCUUAAUAAUAAUAAAAAUAAGGUAUGCCACAUUUGACUCUUUUCAAAUUGCUUCCCUGGAGUCCCAUUGACCUUUGAAGAGUAGCCCUCAGGAACGGCACUGAAACCUGCAUUAAAGGCAACCUUCUUUCUUUAAGAGCCUAUUUCCUGGUCUUUCUUCUAAAUAUUUAUUUUGUGAAUGCACUUUUGUGGAAAGACAGCCUGUGCAUUAAAAUGCUUUAUUACCCCACAGGCUGCCUUCAUAGGCUGGCUGAAUGACAUAUUUCUCAGCCACUUGGUGUUAAUUGGGCCAUUCUUUAGAUUAAGAAUUCAUUGUUGUCCCAGCUGGCAUUCCCCCCUACUGCUUCCACUUCUUAAAUACAGUGUGUGUGUGUGUGUGUGUGUGUGUGUGUGUGUGUGUGUGUUGUGUGUACAAAAUAUAGCUAUAGAUAUAGAUAUGUAUGUAUAUUUUAAAUUCCCUUUUCUCGUUGAGAUGUUGAUGUAUGUGUUAGGAAAACAAAAAUAUUUUCAAAUCCAUAUUUGUAAAAUUUGCUAGAGUUUGUAACUGCAGUGCCUUGUGCAUUCAGAGGAAGGUUAAGUGCUGAACUGUGCACGCUGGUAUUGUGGAUUUUAGCAGGGGAUGUUCCCUUAUUUCCAAAUAGCUCAAAACGCAGCAAGGGCCACUUCUCCCAUGGAUAAAUUUCCAUUUGCCCAAAUAUAAUAAUAAUAAUUCCUUUUCUCUUUACUUACCACAGCCGACUGGGAAAAGCACAGAUAGUGGUGACCAGGAAGGACAAUGGGUCAGAGCCUUAACAGAGAUAAAGAAGAGGUUUGAGAAGAUAGUGAGACAAUUUAUAAAUGGCAUUUUGAUGGUCUCAGGUAUAGUAAUUCUUAUUGGUCAUGUGGUAUUCAUAUUGCAUGUAAUUUAAUUUGCAUCAUGAGGUCUCUCUAUCUCUCUUACACACCUAAACCCACCCACACCCACCAUGAUGAUACAAAUUAAAACUCAAAUGAAUAAUUGUACAAGCUACACACCCACCCACACACACCCCCACACACCCACACACCCACACCAUGAAUGAAUGAAAUGGUCUUUCAUCCAGUGAAGACUGAAUUUUGGUGUGGCCAAAUUCUUGAUUCUCACUUGUUCCACUAAAAGUUCAAAAUCUAAACAUUAAAAAGUAUAAAAUUCAGAAUGUGGAACCUGAUUUUUUAUUAUUAUUAGAUUUUGUGCUUAUAUUCAUAUCUGCAGUGUUAAAAUCAGCCAUGAAAUUCACUGUGUGGCCUUUGGCCCAUCUGUCUCUUGGCCUAACUUACCCCACAGGGUUGCUGUGAGGAUAACUUGGGGAAAAGGAGACUCAUGAAUGCCACCUUGAGCUCCUCAGAGGAAAAAUAGAAUGGAUAUAAACCAAUAAAUAAUAAAUAAACAGUCUCUGUCCAGUUUGCCUGCCCCAAUUUUGUAUGGAGUGAAGGGGACCACAUUUGGAAUAAUGAAGAAGAGAAAGCAUAACCUAAAAAGGAAAGAAUCAAGAAACAGGUGUGCUUGUUGUUGUUUUUUAACGAUAAUGAGGCUCUUACCAUUUUUGGCUUACUGAGAAGGAAAGUGUGCAGACGAUAGCUAACUCAAUCUAAGUGUGAUGUUAGUGCCCCACAAACCACAACCUGUUUAGGCACUAUGAGACUCAGAAAUAAAUUAAAUGAGCAUGCACAGACUGCACCUGCCGCACCAGCGAGAAAGCUCUUUGUAUUUAAUUUGGCGAUUCUACAACGUGUAUCCUUUGUACAAAUAGAAUCCCCACAGCAGAAUAUCCUGUUGGAUCAGACCAAAGACCAACAUCCUGUUCUUGCAGUAGCCUACCAAACUCUCUCUCUCUCUCUCUCUCUCUCUCUCACACACACACACACACACACAGCAUUUUAAAACCUAAAUAAGAAUUAUUGAUAUUUAUUAUCAAAAGAGACUCACACUGUGUCUCCCAUUGCACUCUCUUAGUCAAAAAGAUAGCUCAAGCUAGCAACCACAUUAUUCUUCUGACUAGUAUAAAUAAUGUGCUUUGCACUGUUUGGAGAUGGGGUCUUCAAAGAAAUAGCUCUGAGCAUGCUCAGAAGGCAAGAAGGACUGCUCUUCAAUCAGCCCUCUGUUGCCCUAUACAGGUGCUGGAAUUGCCCUUGUAACAACAAGAGGGAGGGGUAACCUUCACAACUGGGACUGAAAAGCUGGCAGUCUUGAUACUCAAAUUUCAUGUACAGUGGUACCUCUGGUUACGAAUGGGAUCCAUUCCGGAGGCCCAUUUACAACAUGAAAAGCCUGCAACCUGAAGUGCCAUAUCUGCACAGGUGCUUGUGCGUAAAAAAAAUUAUUACUAUUACUAUUACUAUUAUUAUUAUUAUUAUUAUUAUUAUUAUUAUUAUUAUGUGACAUUCUCAUUGGGAGAGCUGUGCCCCAGUAGCUCCAAUGGGCCUGCCUUGUCAAAAAUAACUGACAAUUCUCUUCUGGUUUCUAUGGCAGGGAUAUGUUGUGUAGACUAUCCAAUUGACCUUGCUCCUUCAAAGCAAGUGAAGUUUUUGAUAAAGGACCCAGUACUUCUGGCCUGGGAUCGAGUUGAUACCAGACCUUUGGCCGCUAAACGGAGAUCAGUUGUCAAGCCAUAUCUUACACGGAAUCUUGCCUUUGAUAAGCCUUUCAGGGGGAAAUAUAGGCCUCCUUCAAGGUCAGUGAGGUUAUCUUUUGUGGGGGAAGUGUCUUAGUUUCUAUAGAAAAGCAGGACUAAUCAUGUGGGUUAGCAGGCUGCAGAUAUGAUCCUUGUAAGCAGGCAUUUCAGUGGGCGGCAGUAAGCAGGACAGAGGGGCAAGGUGUGGUGUGAGUGCAGCACUAGAGACAUUCUGAUGCUCCCUCCACUGCACCCUUACCGUGCCAAUCUGCCUCUCAGCUGGCAGCAGUGACCUCUACAUUGGGAAACUGGAUGGACAACACUGCCCUGCAGGCUGCUUCUGAUUUUUAGGCCGUGGCACAUUGCGUCAGAUGCAUGAAAUGGAUGCAGAAGGUGCAGGAUGCAGAGAUGCUUGGUCUCAGGUGCGCUAAAGGAUGCCCAAAUUAGCAAUCAUCCUGCAGUAGAAAAAAGAAGCUGCCAUAAUGGGUGCAUUUGCAUGAACACAGAUGCUAAAUCAGUCUUUGCCAACCUGGUGCCCGCCCAGUGCUGGAUUUACGUAUAAGUUAAACAAGCUGUAGCUUAGGGCCUCGCUCUCAUGGGUGCCCCCCAAAAAAUUUAAAGGGGAAGAAACCUGGAUGUACAUUUCCAAAAUAUAAGAUAAAAAACAAAUAAAAUAAAACCUACAUACAGCAACAGUGUUUUGUGUUGUGUAGGCUCCUAUUUGUUAUGUGGCUUUAGAUACCUAUUAGGGUCCAUAACUUACCAUAUAGCAUAUAUUCAACACAAAAACAGUGACAAUUUGUUGUUGACAAAGGGCAGCUGGACAUAUAAAGGGCCCCAUUACCUUCAAUAGCUUAGGGCCUCAUCAAACCUAAAUCCGGCCCUGUGCCCGCCUGACGGUUUUGGAGUCCCACUCCUAUCUUUCCGGGGCUGAAUGGAGCCUGUGGCAUUGCGGCAACCUCCCUUGAUAAAGAUGCGAGUGUGGUAAUGUGACCAGAUUUGGGUGCUUUGAAAUUUAGACACUCCCUGUCGUCAGUAAAAUUUGAGAGGUCUGAUGUUAUCUGUAUGUGGUAGUGUUUCCUAAUAUCCAGCAGCAAGGAUUUUUAAUAAUGUGAAGCGAAAACCUGUGGCCAGAGGAUCAAAGUAACGAUGAGGCACUUUGUAAACUGAACUGGAAUUUCAUUUAUACACUCUCAAUGAGGGUUACAGUGUAAUGGUUACUUUGAUAAGGCACAACCCUUCGUUUCAGUCAAAAGCUCUUUACAGAGAUAGUUAAGAACUUUAGAUAAAACUCUCACUUUUACUUGUCUCUGAAUAAAUUGAUUCCUUCUAGGAUGGCUAUUUUGUUCUACUAAGCCAAUAAAACACACCCAGGACCUUUUGGGAAAAUCUUUACCUUCCCCUCAGAGAAAUAAUCAGGAUUGCCCUGCCUAACUAACCCCUUUCCAAGCUCUAAUUUAAUCCCAGUCUGAUUCCCAUCUGACAGUUUAUUAUUGUUGUUGUUACUACUACAAUUUAUUCCUGCCCUUCACCCUAAGGUCCCAGGGCAAUUUACAACAAUAAAAACACAACAUUAAUACUAAAACACAGUAUCACAUACUUUUAAAAUCUAUUAAAAAUAAUUUAUCUCUAUCUCAGCCCUAACUCAGCCCUUUCCAUCCAGGCCUGAUUCCUAUUUUAUAGUUCAUCCCAAUCUGACAGUUUAACUGUCAGGUUCAAAUUUUGAACUCUCCACUCCCUCUUCAUUGAUUGGCUUCUGAAGUCUUCAGGAGGCUGACCAAAGCUCUAUCCAUCACAGAGCCUUAGUCCAAAAUAUCAGAAGGUCACUAAAUUGACAACUGCUGUGCUAAAUGUUCCCUGGAGCACCAAAACAGCGAAAGACGUAAACAGGAGAGAAACUUUAGGGAGAAUUACUCCUCAUACAGACUUCUGCUUGUGCUUUCUCAGCAUGGGCUGGAGUGUGGUGGUGGUGGUGGUGGUGGUGGUUGUGUCAUGCCAUUUUCCCCUGCAAAACCUUCUCUUUACUGCUGACAAACGUCAAUCUGUAGAAAACCCAGUCCCUGUUUUACAAACCCUGGACAAAUCUGUCCGUUUUGGUUUCUCUCAGUUUCUCCUUUUUCCAAUCUUUAGUUCACCACACCUAUACCCCAGCUUGUGAUUUAAUUAUUUAUUUUUAUUAUUUUAAAAAGAAGCCCUCACAAAAUUCACCAGCAUCUUAGUGUGCAUUUAUCCUAAUGGACUUGCAUGCUGUUUUCCCUGCUAUAAUGUACUUUUGUGUGUUCACAAUUUUGUUCACGCUUUAAUAAACAUGGGGGGUGGGGUGGGCUGGAGAACUGUACCGCAAAAUUCAGAAAACUGAAGAUUUCAAAAGAUUGCUGCCUUUUGGUUCACAUUUUGUUUUGGGGAGUUCAAAACUAAACCCAGCUUCUCCCUUGCCCCUCCUUAGCCAGCCCAAAAAUUAAAGAGGCAUACUCUGGGAGAAGGGCUAUGGAAAGAGAGAUUGUUGGCAAGCCACUUUGGAAGAUGUCAGACUUGAUUGGAGCUGUGGCCCACCACUCAUUCCUUCAUCUCCUUAACUAGUUGCUGACCAGGUCUUCAACUAUGUAGCCUGCUUUCUAUCAUGUUUGGCAUUUUGCCCUUGAUGGACCAUAACAGGACUGUAUUUGAGAAGGACACGUCUCUAUGGUAAAGCAUCUGCCUUGUGUGCAAAGGGCUGCAAGUUCACUUCUCAGCCUCUGCAGGUAGGGUUGGGAGAAAGCCCUCUACGAAAUCCCAGAGAGCUGCUGCCAGUCAGUGUAAACACCACUAAGCUCGGUGGACCGUUGGCCUGACUCAGUACAAGACAGCAUCCCAAGGACCACCUGUUUCCAUAUGUACCAACUUCAUUGUCCUUUCAGUGCCAGGCAGAAAUAUCUUUUUAUUUCCCCAUGUUGGAAGAUGCAGUUUAAAUGCUGCUGGCUGUUUUAUGCUACUUCUUUUAAUUCUGUGUCUUUUAGAUUAUUUUUUUAUUUAUGUUUUAAUGGUUUUGUGCUUUUAGUAUGCCACCCUCAUGAAUACGUUUGAAGGGCAGUAUGAAAAUGCUUAAAAUAACCAACCAACCUCUGACUAGGGUUCAAGUCGCAACUUUACUUUGCUUUCUCUGCCCCCCACCCCCACAAUUACCUCUCUUUCUCUCACAACCGCAUCACGUGCUUCUCACAGGAGCAAAGCAGAGGUGUCUGCAGCUAAGGAUUCAGUUCGUCCACCAGAACCUUGGGCAAUUUCUCUUGCUGACUGUCCGGUUGUGCUACACAAAAUUAUGUCUAAAGUUGGAGAUGAUUUAUGCUGCAGGUGUGUGGUGAAGAUCCCGUUGAUUACAGACUUGGAAUUUGAAAAGUUUAUUACUGCCCCAAGAGACCCUGAUCAGGUCAUUGUGAUCUGUGUGAUCUCGCCUCAAGAUCAUUCCUACUCCCCUUUCUUUGAGUGGUCCAUCGAAAAUCUGUACAUACAAAUGCAACACGGCCGUCCCUCACCUUGUAUUCAGGUAAGCUAGCUGUUAAACAUGUGCGUGCAUGUGCACGCGCGCACACACACACACACACACACACACAGACAAGUUGUUUUGGUUGUACAUCUGUGUUUGUAUUUUGUGAGCAUAGGAUUUGAUAUCUGACACAGAAGUCUUCUUCCUGUUCAUUUUAAUUAAGUUUAAAAGCAUGUUUCUGGAGCGUAUGGAAGCUGAGAAUAAGAUAAACUCUGAAACAUGAGGGUGGAAGCCAAAAGGAGACCUUCCAAUGGUUGGGUGACCCCUUCUAUUCUCUGCACCAAAAGCUCUUUGUCACUCCUCUCAAAAUAGAUAAAGCUGCAAUGUUAUGCCCACUUUCUAAUCCCCAAUAGGCACAAUGGAACUGCAAAACAUCCAUAGAAUUACACUGUAAAUUAAAGUCAUACAAAUAAACAGCUUCUGCUUAUUUCCAUAUUUGAUUCACAACACCCUAUCAGUCUUUCCUUGUCACAAGAAUAGGACUACUUUGGUACUUAAACUGGAUUUUGGUGAAGCAUAUACACACCUUAGAUAUGAGGCCCUGUUUACUUGGCUUCUUUUCACUAAAGGUAUUGGACAGGCUCCCUGUCAUUUAGGCAGCUCAUGCGCACACAGACACAUAUUGCCUGAUGAGAACAUGCCUUGCUAGAACAGACUGCCAAGGCCCAUCUGGUCUACUAUUCUGCUUCCCACAGCAGCCAUCUUGUGGCCCACAGGCAGGGCAAGAAGGUGAAAAACAGAUCCCCCACCAGUUGUCCUCAGAAUUUGGUAUUUGGUGGUAUUUAUUUCUUCUGAAUAUAGAAUAGCAAUUUAGCAAUGUGACUGUUAUGUAUUUAUCCUCUAUGAAUUUCUUGUAUCCCUCAAGAAAAAUGGACACAGAGGUUAGAGGGCUUUAUAUUUUGUUACAGGCACAGGAACUCCAGCCACAACAUUUUCCCUCCCCACAAUGAUCCCUCCAGGCUGUGAUAUCGUUUUUCAACACAUUCAUUUUCAGGGCCUGUGCCAGUAUCUGUCAUCCAUGGGCAGUUGCCAGGACCACAGCAUCUCAGCAGGGCUCAUUGCUGAUGUCUGCCCUGGACUCGCCUUAAAAUGUUUGUUUGACCAGUGCACAAUGGUUGGAUCUUGCUGCCAUUUUAAUUCCCCACAAUGUGCCACAUUAACGCUACAUCAGCACAUUGUGAGAAAUCAAAAUGGAGGCUAGAUUCAGAAGCCUGGUACUCCUUAGAGCACUGUUGCUGUUGGACUUUGCCUCAGUUUAAGCUACCAGGGCACGGCAACAGUUGAGGUGCCUGCAGUAGAGAGAUAUCAGUCUCAAACUGGCUUUGGUGACUUUGGAAUGAAGGAAGCAAUGUAUGGCAAAUCAGUCCUUGGGGAAGAGAAGAAGAAGAGUUUGGAUUUGAUAUCCCGCCUUUCGCUCACUUUAAGGAGUCUCAAAGUGGCUAACAUUCUCCUUUCCCUUCCUCCCCCACAACAAACACUCUGUGAGGUGAGUGGGGCUGAGAGACUUCAAAGAAGUGUGACUAGCCCAACGUCACCCAGCAGCUGCAUGUGGAGGAGCGGAGACGCGAACCCAGUUCCCCAGAUUACGAGACUACCGCUCUUAACCACUACACCACACUGGCUGAGAUGUGGUUCAGUGGGCUCUACGGUAAAGCUGAUAAUCUCAGCCUUUCUCAUAGUCUCUUAGCAGUUUAUACGGCCAAUGGCUGGAAUAAGUCUCUGCUACAGGUUCUCCCUGCUUUCAGUCAGGUUUUCAAACAGUGGGUGGGAAAAGAGAAUGAAAAACACCCUACUCAUAUGCAAGGAAAACAGAGAGGUCUGCUAGAGCCCUCACUGUCUCCACUUCAUCUGCCUGCCUGCUGGAGUUGGCAAUAUUUAGUUCCUGUGCUAGACUGUUUCUGCUCCCUAGCAUCAGAAACGUUACACAUAUUUGAUUGGUUAGAACAGAAACCCCCAGGACCUUUCCAAUACACUGACAGUAUCACUUGUUCCAUUCCCAGUGCAAGCAUGAUCCCUUCCGCUUCCUGAGAUAUGAUCUUAAGUGCCCUCUAAACAAAAAUCCUCCUCUGCUGGUGCAGAAGCAUGCCGUUGUUCCUGGAAUGGUGGUGGUAAGUCUCUGGUCUUUUUCUUCUAGCAAAAAUUCACAUACAAACAAACUUCUAAUAAAUGAGACCCCACAACCUUUUGAGGAGUUCACUAAUGCUUUUGCUAUUAUAAAUUUGUUAGUCUUUAAGGUGCCACUAGACCAGGGGCGGAUUUUGGUAAUAUGGUGCCCUGGAUAAGGACAAAAUUUGGUGGGCCCCCAAAUAUUUAUUUUCACAGUAAUUCCUUUUGGUACAGUUGAUCUUUUCAGUAGGUACCCAUAUAAAUAUAGUUGUUGUUGCUGCUGCUGCUGCUGCUUAUGUGGCUCCUUAGCUCAGCGCCCUGUGCAGGGGAAGUGCACUAUAUCCAGUGCUGACGAGACUCUUGGUUGACUUUCACAGAACUCCCUAGUAUGUUUAGGGUUGUAGUCCUAGUUACAUAAUGAUUAUGCACUGUAUCCACAAUCCCUAUAAAUACACUGUAAAAUACCUGUCUCCUCUCUUUGGUUUCUUUUCCAACAGAAGAUUUAAAAGCACUCUUUCUACUUGAUUUAAUCUCAUCAUCUGACCUGUGAACUCAGCAUCAUGAUCUGUUUUAAUAUCUGUCUAUAUAUAACAAGUGAGCAAUAGAGCUUGGAAUUCAGUUGACUCCCCUAAACCUCAUGUUUUGUGCAGAAAAUGUGCUACUGUGUUGAAUGACUGGGGCUCCCACUCUAGUUAUUCCUGCAGUAUAUUGCUCUCUUCUUGGGAGCCUUAAGCACAUAAGGAGAGAUGUUUUUUAUUUAGACCCAUUGACAGAGGCGCCAAAUCAGAUAAUGAAAGCCUUUCUGUGCUCUAUUAAAUGCUUGUAAACCGCUGGCCAUGGAAGUCUAACACACUGGGUAGUCAAGUUCAGAGUUUCAAAGGGUUUGGAGGAUAUUAUUCAUUCCCUUCAGCACAGAAGAAUCUAUUGGCUGACUUCACCCUUGCUCUGUCCCAGUGCAGUUAAUCAUAUUAUAUACCACUUUGAAGUACAGGCAACAUUGAUUCUAAUAGCAGGAGAGAAUAUUUUAACUGCAUAAAAAUGGGGGUGGAAGUGAAUCAGAGGUGGGGUGUGGGUCACUGGUAAGAACUUUGAUUCAUCUCAGCAGAAGGCUGGCACCCAAGAUUAUCCACAUGGGAAGAAAUAGUUAAAAGAAAUGGUGGGAAAGUAAGGUAACUUUCUCCCCUCUCCCACAAUAUUGUUGUGAUCAUAAUUAGUACUGACAUAAUUAAUCUACUCUUUUCAGCUUUUUCAUAGAUGUAUAUUAUCCUUUACACCCCAAAUUUAAUUUAGUUAGCUCUGAGUUCACCAGAAAUUUAAGAACCAAGACCCUUUUAAAAGAGCUAGAUGCUAUGCGUGUCUGCUUGGGAGUAAAUACUAUUACUUCCAAGCAAAUAUGUUUAGAAUUGCAACCAUAAUAUUUGCAUGUGACAUGUGCAAAUAAUCUGCAUAAUAACUGGCUGAAUAUGGAUGGGUGCCAGGCAGCAGCAUCUGGGGAGCAUUCCCUUGGAUUAUUUUAUUUAUUUACUGCAUUAAUAUAGCUGUCUCGUGAUGACUUCUCUGAGUGGCUCGCAAAGCAAAAAAUUAAAUAAAACACAACACUAAGCUACCAUAUAAAGCAAUGAAAUGAUAACAAAUUAAUUUUAAAAACCGCAUUGAAAUACAAUUAAAAACCCAGUGGGUAGCAUCCACUGUAGUCUAUGCAUUGCUAACCUUGGGAAUACUACUCUGUGCUCUGUGUGGCGCUAUCCUUGGGCCUGGUCCAGAAGCUCCAGUUAACUACAGCAAGAAGCAACAAGACUGCUGGCAGGGGCAGAUGGCCAACAGCAUGUGGCUUCUCUGCUAAAAUACCCUGGUCAGCUACUAGACCAGGUUCAACUUUCUUGUAUUCAUAAGCAAAGCCCUGAACAAGUUGGGUCCAGGUACCUUAACGACCACCUGAGCCUUUAGAAUCUAGCUCAAUCACUGAUAUCAUCCAGAGGAGCACUGUUAGCUGCCCCCCCCCAUGCAGACCUGGCCCACCCUUGAGGCAGGGUGAGGUGACUGCCUCAGGCGGCAGGAUCCACAGGGGCAGCAGAUCCUGAUGUAGAUCUUCACUCGCCCUUUGUUCCUGAUGCAGAUCUUCACUCAACUCUUCUUCCCUGGUGGGGAAGGGAGUCUCAUUUUGUGGUUCACCUCAGGUGCCAAAAGGUCUUCAGCCAGAAGAAGCUUCAACUAGAAGUCAGGCAUUUAGUCUCACCAGUUCAUUGCUGAGGAAUACUCUUCUAGCUAGACUUGCCAUAUUCCCAAAGGGGGAAAUCUGGACAAAGUUGUUGACCCUUUUUUUCCCUUGGGGGCGGGGGGAGUUGUUGAGCUUUUCUUGAGAGGGAUUUUUAAAGCAUUUUUGCCCUAGUUGUCAUAUGUCUGGGUUUCCCUAGAUAUUUGAUGAUUCAUCAAUAAUCCACCUGGAUGCCAUUUUGACACUCCAAUUCCUGGACAUAUCUGGGAAAACCCAGACAUAUGGCAGCCCUACUUCCAGCAGAAAUUCAGCACACAUCCUCACAGCUAAUUUUCAGACAUCUCUUCAAGACCUUUUUAUACUGACAGGCCUGUUCAGUUGUUCAAACUAUUCCAAGAUGAACCAGCUAUUUUUAUGUAACAUCUUUUUUAUGUUACAUUUUAUUGUACUUGUAUACUGCCCUGAUAUUUUAUGUGAUGGGGUGGCCUAUAAAUAUUUUUAUAAGUAAAAAUAAAUAUAUCCAUGCCUUUAUCCUGAAAAGGAUUGUUUCUUUGCAUCAAAAUAUUGCCUAUUGAAGAGCACAAGAAUAGAAGGGUUCUUGUACUCUUGCAGGCUGACUCCAUAUGAAGAAUCAAGCAUAGAAUAUUUAUUUGACCAUCUUAGUCUGCACACAGGGGGCAAAAACCGGGUUAUAAAAUGACUUAGAAGAACAGUAAUAUUUGGGGUGUUUUUAUCAGCUGGAAAGAUUUGUUGAACACACUAAGAUUUGUUCUUCCAACCUGAAAGAAAUUGUAAAUUGCAACCCAUGGCCAUAGACCAUCUAUGCACUGUCAGCCAUAAUAUACAGAGGUAAAUUAAUGAGUGCAUAGAGACUAUUUUUCUUCUCUAGAUAGAAAUGGGCAAGCCCAGCAGGUGUAUUUGAGACUGCCUUGUCGAUAUCUUAUGACUGUGACAUUCACGGGGUUAAUGAAUUAUUCUGGUGCCGACUACAUACGCAGACUAAGGCCCCAUCUGUAAUAUACAUUUAAAGCAGUCACGGUUUAUCCCAAAGAAUCUUGGGAACUGUAGUUCAAUCAAUCAAUCAAUCAAUCAAUCAAUCAAUCAAUCAUUUUAUUUGUAUGCCACUUCCCAAAGGUAAAACCAUGCUCAAGGCGGCUUACAACAUAUAAAAAAUUGCAAAAUUACAAACAUAACAAAAUAAUCAGAAAAAUAAAGCACAUGACCAAACUAAUCAAAAGGUACACAACCAAAUUGAACAAUUUCUGCAUAAAUCUAAAAUAAAGAUAAAAAACAAUAUCAAUGACAGCAACAACUCUCAUCUGUCCAGCUGGGUAUUUGUUUUCUUAAAAAAGGAAAAUAGUGAAUACCACCUGAAACUUCAUUACUUCCUACGUAAAGGUGACUUUUAAAACUUAGUAAUACUGUGCUUUCUAUGGCACUUGAAGCAGUAGCCCACUAGAGGGAACUGGUGAUGCUCUGAAUGGGCAGAGCUGGGAAGAGAAGAGGGUGCAACUUACAGCUGCCAAAGAACUUUGGCUUCACAAUGAACGCUUUGUUCCUUGCACGGAAGCAACGCUAAAUCACACAGGGCGAGCAUGUGGUUGCCAGCCACCCAUUUCCUAUAGGGACCCUUACCAUUUCCGAGCCCCUCCGUCCCACCUCCCUGAUCUCAUAUCCUUGCCUCCUCAGGCCUUCCACCCACACCCCUUGUUCUCUCCAUGGCCCCUCCUAGUUCUCCUGUGCAACUCCACAUUAUGCCUUCUCUCCUGGCUCAUGUGCCAGUUUCUGUGGUCUGCCACGCUUUCUCUCCCACCCACGCCUCUUUCCUCUCUUACCCUCUUCACCCCUUCCUGGCCAGUCAGCCCUUUGAGACUUUCCUUUCUUGCUCUGACUUAGAAUCAUAGAAUCUUAGAGCUGAAAGGGACUCAAGGGCCAUCUAGUCCAAACCCCUGCAAUGCACCCCCUCCUUCUUCUCCAUGAGCACUCCACCUAGCCUCACUGCCCAUCUCUUGCUGUUCCACUUAUCUGCCUAGUGGUGUUGUGCCUUGCACACACCACCCCCUGUCCUGUCUUAAGUCUAGGGAUACUUACCUUUUACAUGUUUAUUUGGGUUAAAGGAAUCCAUUUUAUUUGGAAUCCAUUAAGUGAAUGGAUGUGGGGAGCUGGCAAAAGCAUCAUUGCUCUAUCCUAACCUACAUGCAUUCAUUUUAACCAGUACUGAUAUGCCCCCAUACAUAUAGCGAGAGAUGUAGAGAACAUUUGGAACUCAGGAAAGCUGAUGCUUCUGAGCAAACAGCAAGGAUAGCCAAGGUGGUGCCCUUCACAUGUUGUUGGACUUUAGCUCCUAUAAAUCCCAGUAAGCAAGGUCAGGGAUGAUGGGUGUUGUAGUCCGAUAACAUCUGGAGGACAGCAACUUGGCUACUUUUGCUGCUCCCCUAUCAUGGAUUCAUUUUCCCCAUAUGAACAUCAGUAAGGCACUUGCAGUGUCCUGUCUUUGACCUCCACCUGCUUUUGAACCUUUUCUAUCCAGCAUGAUAUGUCCAUACUCUGUAAUCUUAUUCUUGCCCAAUGAAUUUUCCUUUACAGUGUACUCUUUUUUAAAGAAAUAAACAAUAAACUACUGUACUGCAUUAGUAGUAAAGUAAGGACAGCCAGCUUAUUUACUCUGAAGGGCUACACUCCUCUCCAGUCUGGAGGCCAAAGAACAUUUUGCUGCACAAACAAAUUCUCUUCUCCUCUGUGCUCCCCUGCUGCCCAGAAAGCUCAAGUUCCAUAAUAGUUUUGACACCCUUUUGUAAUAAGAGCCCCCUAUCCAAUAGCACAUUGCCUGCAGAUAUGUACAUUACAUAUUGCUAUUGCUGUACAUUGAAUAGAAAUAUUAUUUAUUUGUGUAUAUGAAUCUAUUACAAAAACAAAACAAGUUUUUUAACUGGCCCUAGGUAGUAGGGAGGUAUGCCCACCACAAAUUUUAAAAUUAAUUACAACAAACGCUCCUUUAAAAAAGAAAAGAAAAGAAAAGUGGAUUCUUUGCCUUGUCGUAGCAAUAUUGUUGUAGUUCUUUUAGGCAAUAAUGCUCCCCCAAAACACACAAACACACACCAAAUAGUUUUAAAAUACAGGACUUUUGGCAAUUUACGGUAAUCUUCUAUAUAUCCAAGAGCGAGCCACUGAACUUUGCUGCAACCACACACACCUACAGAAAUGUGAAAAUAUGUUGCUGUCUUGAUAUCUGGCACACACACAAAGGAGCUGGGAAUCUCCUGUGAUUUGUGGGGAAUAGGGGUGUGGUCAGCAGGCACUGCCUGUGAGGGACACAGCAGCCGAAAAGGGUUUGCAGUAAGCCUUUCUGUGGUCAGGCUGUAAGACCUGUACUGUUUCUGCUUUCCCAAAGUGAAUGAUGUUUCAUUCAACAUCAGGAGUGUUAAGUGAUGUGCAGGAAGUGUGUGUGUGUGUGUGUGUGUGUGUGUGGAGAGAGAGAGAGAGAGAGAGAGAGAGAGAGCUGUCAAAGCCCCUUCAUGUCUGGAUGAAAACAUUUAAGCCUCCUGUGCAUAACAGGAAAAGGAAACCAUUUGGUCCAAGUCUUCCAACUCGCUUAUAUAUAUAUAUUUUAUUGCAAAGCAUUUUUGUUCCCCUCCUUCCUGCCUGUUUGUCAACAGAUGUAUGCUGGAGGGAAGCCAGUCUUUGGGGGCUGUGUUUUCAACGGAUACAGCUUCAGCAAGAAAGACCUGCUGAAGCAGAUCAACCAAGUUUGCCUUGACUGCAAGAUGGGCCACUUCCUGCCACAGAGCUUCAAAUUUAGGUAAAACAGGAAGUCCAAGGCAAGGGGAAGAUGGGAAUGGGGACAGGGGAGGCAGUGUCAUGCAGAGGUCUGUGUUUGCAACAAGAACUGGACGAACUGGUCACUGUGACCAGAGAUGAGAUGUUAUAAGAAGAAUGAUGUGCCCAUAAACUCCAUUGUUAGCUGUUCUUGCUGCUAAGUAGAUAACUAGAGCAGGGGUAGCCACUGGGAUACCACCCAGAUGUUAUUUAUGUAUUUAUUUCAUAACAUUUAUACACCACUUGAUUGUAAAAAUCCAACUGACAGGAUGUUCUUGGACUACAACUCCCAUCAGUCUCAGACAACUUGGCCAAUGGUCAGGGAUGAUGGGAGUCGUAGUUAAAGAACAUCCAGGGGUACCAUGUUGGCAACUCAUGAACGAGAUGGAUAAUUUUAAAAAAGAAAAAAGGUUGAAUGCUAAAUUCUUCCUUCUGUGUUUCAGGUUCCUAACAUUAGGCCUGUUGACUGGUUAAGUUUUUAGAGUUGUAUCCAAAGCUAGUUCUCAGAGUUGGUGUUUGUUAGCCCAUUAAGUUAGUGGGCAUGAAUAAUUUAGGUUUCUUAAUUUGAAUUAGUCUACUUUCAGUAGAACUUGGAAGUCAGUUGGAUACUUGUUGUUGCUUAUUCAAUGUAAUCAAUGCAUUUUGUUUACAUAAAUCUGCAUAUUACCAAAUCUUUAAUUUUUUUAGCCUGUUGAAGUUUCCAUUAAGAAUGAGAGAAAUGAACUUUUGGGUUAAUAGACUUGCAUCACUUAGGAAAGGGCACCAUCGUUUUCUUUUUUACCCAAAUGCCAAAUGCAGUUCAGUGUACGCAUGUGUACCACACUGGGGCAAAAAAAAUCCUUAUUUCACAAGUGCACUAAUGGAGCCUAAGCAGGUGAUGACUGACCUGGAAUGAGACCUUGGAAAUGAAAUGAAAAUAAAACUGUCAGUGUUAUAAUGCCAUUAUACAAAUCUGUGGUGAGACCAUACUUGGAAUACUGGGUACAGUUCUGGUUGCCUCACCUCCAAAAGGAUAUUGUAAAGUUGGAAAAGGUUCAGAAAGGGGCAAAGAACAUGAGCAAGCCCUAUGGAACAAGCAAAGCAGGUGUAUAUGUAGAGGAAUAUAAGAUUAUUAAGUGUGGAGAAAGUGCUACCAUGGGCCACCAACUUGGAUGGCUUUAAAAGAGGAUUAGACAAAUUCAAAUUUGUGUAAGAUAAUGCUGCCAAUGGCCAUGAUGGCUGCAUUAUAACUCCACAAUUGGAUGCAUUAUGCCUUUGAAUGCUAGUGCUGGGAAUCGUAAGGUGGUGGUGGUGGGGAGUUCUAUUGCACUCAGGUUCUGCUUGUGGGCUUCCUGAAGUUAUCUAGUUUGCCACUGCAAAGCAUCUAGUUCGCCACUUGAUGGACCUUUGGAAAAUAAGCAGAGAGAAAAAUAAAUUUGAGAUUUGCCCAUCCAUACCCCUUAAAUAUCUCUUAAACUUGUAGGGGUCAAUGUAACAGACUGAAUUACAACACAAGUUCCAUCCAUUCUUUAUUAUAGCGCCUUUCUUUUCCUACUCCUUCUGCAUUCUCAUCCCCUUUUCAUCCGUAAUGUGGCUUUGGAGCCUAACUUCCCUUGCACAAAAGAAACAGCGCAUGUUCGCAGAAUGGGGCUUCUGCAGCCCUCUUGAGAGUCUGUUGUUGAUGUUUGAGGGGGAGCUGUCUGCCCCCAUCUUGUUUCCUUUCCUUUCCAUUAUUCCCAGCCCAUCUUUGUAUGACUCUGCGGUGCUGCGUAUUUUCCAUCCUACUCUGUAUUCCAGUUGCGUGUCCUAUACUCUAUGGACAACCCAAAUUGAGGAAACUGAAGGAAAGACACAACUGCAUCAAAUGGACACAUGUUCCCCAAAUGUGCUUAAUUCAUUUUGAACUGCCUCUCCACCCCACCCCUGGAAUUUAUUCUGGAACUAGUGACGCGGCCUUGAUUAUCCAUCAGCGAUGUGAGGCUGUCCCUACCUGCCAGUCCUGUGCUUUGGUGCGUAUUAUUUUAUGUCAUGUGGGCGCCUUUAGCAGCAACUCCAGUGCCGAGCAAGAUUUACAGUCUGUUUUUAGCAGCUCAGGAGACUGGAGGAAGAAAGUCCAUUCAAAGCAUGUGCUCAAUGGAUGGAUAUAGCAUCAGCUCCACUACAGUCUGUUAAACCAUUUGCCAGGGGUGACUAAUGGCUGUUCAUUCCUGUGGUAUUCUCCGCAGUCACGUUCAAGAAGGCUAGAGUCUUAUUACUGGAGCGACACUGAUAUCUGGGAGCAACAUGACUUCAUUCUGUUCCUCCCUCCACCCCAUAAACUAGCUACUGUUGGAAUUUAAACUAUAGCGCAGUGUCAGAUUCCUAGACCAAGGGCUGUGGACUCUGACUUUGCUAGAAACUCAUUGUCUUUAUGUGUAGGAAUUCUAAGGGUGAGAUAUUUCACAUCCUAAAUAUAUGGCACCACUGUUGUGUUCCCUCUACUUUGAAGUACUUCGAAGCACACAUACACACAGUGCCAGGCAUCUCAGAGUCUUUAAAGAAAGCAGGCACAACCCAUUGUUAAGCCCUGUUGAAAUAAAUGGGACUCAAGUUAAGUCAUGUCCACCCCAUCAUCACUUUCACUGGGAUUUAGUCAUGAUGACUAAUGUUUUGAUGGAUUGUGGCUGUGGAGUCUAGGAACUGAUCCAUUCCCUGCUGAUAACAAGAUGCCUCUGUGUGAACUGGAGGGAUUAGGAAACCCUUUAUGCGUCACUGGAACUUGCUUGUGAUCUUAACUAACAUACACUGAAGAAUGAAGUAAAGAUAAGAGGGGAAGUCAGGAAGCAUUUUCACCCUGGUUGCAAAUAUCUGUUCUCUCUGUAAAAUAAUCGAAAUAUCGAAAGAAAGGAAGUGGGAUUUGGUGCUUUCAGUGCAAUAUUUUCCUUCAUGACUUCUUCCAUAAACAUUCCAUGAACAUUUGUAGGAUCAGGGUCCUGUUUGCUUUUUACAAUCACUGACCAAUGAAUCUAAUCCUAUCUCUAGAAGCACAGUAAUAUUUAAUAUAUUCAUAUAGACUAUACUCAUUCAUAUAUCCACAUAUGAUCCACAUAUAUUCAUAUAGCAUAUACACAUUUUUCUAUCAAGUCUUGGCAAUAUUUUCCAAAAGGUGGUAGUUAUAGACAUUCCUUAUUUUAAGAGAUCUGAUAUCUAAAGACCACCUGAGCCAUCAUCAAACAAUAUUGUAUCGGAACUAGCACUUUCAGUAAUAUAGAGAAAACAUGCGAUAGCCUCUCUUUUUAUUGAAACUCUGUAAUGGUAACAUACCAAGUCCUCCCCCAAAAAAACCUUUGUAUUACAGGUCUAAAUUCUCAACUCAUCCAUCUCAAGAUAGCCAGUGCUAAGGGAAUCUACUACUGUAUUGCACUUUGCUCAAUAGUAUAGCAAAACUUGCUCUCUGUUCAUAGCAAAGUGCCGUAACUGUAUUUCAUCUACCGGCUUGAAAUGAGCCCUUUCUGCAGCCUUAUUCAGAACUCCUGAUGUCUGGACAAGGGAUGGAGUUCAUAGACUCAUAGUUGGAAGGGAAUAUGAGGAUCACCUAGUCCAAACCCCUGCAAUGCAGGAAUCUUUCGCCCAAUGUGGGGCUUGAACCCAUGGCCCUGAGAUUAAUAGUUUCAUGCUCUACUGAGUGCCCCUUUAGACCAGUGCCAUUGAUACCACCCAUGCAGCACCCAUGGGGGGGAAAAUGAGAAACCAGCUUCAGGGAGAGUAGACAUGUAUAUGGACUGGAGUCCAGGAAGUCAAUUAGCUGGGUGUAAAUGAGAGAGGAUCACAAAUAUUAACAAGUGGAGAGGAAGAUCAAUGGAUAAGGAAGAACUGGCAGCCAUUUGGGCAAAGAUAUGAAAAUGAAGAAGGCUAUGGCCAACUGCACUUUCCUCUUUCGUAUAGGCAUUAAUGUGGAAGAGCUGGCAGUGGGAGAGCAAUAGCACAUGAUGAGCAUGACUUAACUUUAUUUCUUGCCAAACAUAUUUUGGCAAUUAACACUUUUGUUGAGCUGAGGGUCAAAAAUAACUGCAGGUGUGUGAACAGUCAAUGAGAGGAGUUGCAUUAAAAAAAAACCAACAACAGUCAAAUGAUCAUGUCCGGAAACUAAGAGGAGUGAAAGUAAGGCCAACAAGUUAGCAACUUGCAGAUAUUGUUGAGUUGAUGCUAUUUAUUAUUGUACAGCUUACCCUAAGCAGGGCAAUGAUCUGAGUCCAACCAAUGACUCACAGAUAUAUGAAAACAUAGCAGCUGUGUUCCUUUUUGUGCCUGCCACUAUGAACUGCCUGGGGUUGGGGGCAGGAAAGCAGGCUGAUGGCCUGUCAAAUAGGAUGCAUUCGACAUAGCAAAGGAAUGCUAGAAAGCAGCAGAAAGGAAAGUCUGUUGCUCAAAGGUCAGCAAGACAAAACUCUGGCACUGGCUUUCAGGAAAAGUUGAAGGUAGCUGAAUUUGUUACAAGGAGCACCAUUUUUAAAAACACGCACACAUACCACAUUCUGUCCUCUGCUCAGAUGACUAAGUGUUUAUAGUGAAUAAUCAAUAUAUUUCUUGUUAAAACAAGGCAGUUCAUAGGAGCGAGAGGAAGUUACACACAAAACACUCCAUCAAAAGGCAAACAGGCAAAACAAGUGAGACCAGCAACAAAAUGUUGCAGUCGGGAGUGUUCCUGUAUCUGUUCAGGAUUCCACCUGGCUCAUGAUUCAUGCGCCAGACCUCUGUACCACAAAGUGAAGAGUGAGAGUGCAGAAACUGCUCUUUAACACAAGAGAGUCUCGUUCAUGCAGUCAUCAUAGUACUGCUGUGCAUUAAAUGCAGAGCUAUGGGGGUUGCACACAUGGCCCUCUCCCUUCUAGUAGGGAUAGACAAACCUGUCAAUAUUGGUUUAUCUCUGUUUCUCAUGUUUCCAACCUUAAAUUCAGUUCUCCAUAUUUCCAUAUCUGUUUGCAAUUUUAAACCCUCAUGAAAAUUCACCAGUGGAUUUAUCCUAAUCCACACAUUCUUUCAAAGCAUUUUCCUCUAACAUGAUGCAUUUUAAUGUUAUUUUCACUUAUAUGCAUUUUAAUGCACAUUUUACCCUAGUGAAUUCAUCUUUUAUAAACAUUACUGACUGGAGAACUCCACUGCAAAAUUCAAAGAAGAGUAGAUUAUGAUUUGCAUAUUGUUUGGGGAAAAGUGAGUUAGGGAGAUUUUCCCCUUUAUGUGUGAACUGGAACACAAUUUCUCCCCAUUCCUAUCUUCUAGUGUUAAAAAAGUUACUAACUGGAGCAGACAAGUGGUGAAUUGGUGGCAGCAGCUGGAAGAGGGGCAGAGGAGUAAGACUGGGACAAGUGGAGCAUGAUGUGUUAUAUGUUGAACCUUGAUUGCUGGUUCAGACUCCAUGCAGGUUAUAUAUACAAGUUAAACAACAGGGUUAUAUAGAGCACCCUGAUAGGUCUGUUGAUUCUGCAAAGUUUCUGCUAGUCCAAGGGAAGUGAAAGAAGGAAAAGUUUUGUUUGCGCUUAAGUGAAUAGUGCACAGUUAAUUCCCUGUAAGAAUACAACAUGCAGGAUCUGGGCAGCUACCUCCUGACUAAUUACUUUCUUGACUGAUAUGGUGAGACAAAACUGUACCCGUUGCCUUGGCUCUGUGAUUGGCAUAUGGUCUUUGUCUGGGCCAGCUCCAGGUUGGCAUGGGCCCUCAAGGUGGACAGCUCUGGCUCCUCUUGCCCUCCCAUCCUCUGUCCUAUGUUUGCUACUGGUGGAAAGGCAAGCAGGGCGGGACAGCCCCACCCACAGUGGACAAGGGGUGGAAACUGUAGUAACAAAACCAGUGCCAUGGGUGGAGGAAGCAGAAGCUGUGGCAUGGCUAGCAAGGUGAGGAGAGUGGCAGGGAGGUGGUGCAAGGUUGUUGGCAGCUGCCCUGCAAUGCUGCCUGGUGUCACCAGGCUUAGCAUCAGCUAUAUCAUAGGAACAUAAGAGGAGCAGGCCAGUGACUAAUCUUUUCCAGUGUCCUCCUCUCAUAGUGGCCUAUGUGAAGCCCACAAAGAGGACCUGAGCACAACAGUGGAGGUAGAACAUAGUCACCAGAGUCAGAAGCUAUAGAUAGCCUCAUCCUCCAUGAGUUUGUCUAAUCCUCUUCUGAAGCCAUCCAUGUUGGUGGCAAUCAUUGCUUCCUUUGGGAGCGAGUUCCAUAGUUUGAUUAUGAAAAGGUCUGUCCUGAAUCUUCCAACAUUCAUAUUCAGUGGAUGCUCCCGAGAGGGAGAAAAACCUUUCUCUAACCACUUUCUUCACACCAUGCAUAAUUUUAUCCACUUCUAUCAUUGCAGCAUACUCCCUUUAGAAAUGCGCUGCAAAUGUAGCAAUUUGGAGAAUGUGCAUUUGAGUGUCCUAUGAGAUGCCCCUCUGCUUUUUCCUUACAUUUUGUUUUCUGCAAGCGAGACAGUUAGAAACCUGCUCAAGAUUAACUUUGAUAGCUGCGGACUAUGAACAAAUGUUGUAAUGGAGGCUGAAUGUGCCUCCUGGGUCUGCUAAUGCCCAGCCUGCUGUAUGUCCGUACGGUCCAAUAGGAAGAUGUGUAAUGCAUUUGGCUGUCUUAAGCAUCCCAGACAGCAGAAUGUAACAAGAACAAAAUUGCCUUGCUAAUAAGGCCUUAAAUCCAGAGGAGGCUAAAGAACCUGGGUAUUCAGUGUGUCUUUCAGUUUAUGAUGGAUUGUGGAUUGCACAUUUAUUGUAAGUAAGCCCCUGCCUUUCUCCUGGUCUGCAUAAUCGGCCGUAAUAAAUUAUUGGGGAGCCACAAGUCCCCAUUCCUAAAUUGCAUUCACGCUUGUGCAGUUGGUCAACGUCUCUGUCCAUUGCUGUGAAUAAUUGAGCAUGGUGACACACACUGGAACUUUGCUAAUAGUUAAAAUGAUUUUUGAAUUAAAUCAAGUAAUGGAAGAAACAAGGAAAUGGCCUGUAAAUCAUGUCCAGAUCCCAAGGCGUUUGAACCUUUGCUGCUGCCUGUUUGGAAGUUUUUACAAACAGCCCUUGACAUAUAUUGCUUUUGUGGAGUUCCCCAGCAUGAACCCCCUCCAUCCCUUUGAAAUAAAGAGCAGCACUUGAGACCUGUACUCUGAGUUGCUAGUGGGAGAUUCUGCACAAAGAUCUUGGCAGCACUGUGAAGGCACAAUUUAUUAUUCCUCCUGCCCCAGUGCUAGGACUCAAGCCCGCAACCUCAGGUAUUGACUUCCUCUGGUGCUGUUGCACUGAUGAUCCUGUCUCAGCCCACAUAUGAUGCAGUCAGAAUGCAUCUCUAGUGUAGGUGGGGAGAGGAGCUGGACUAUUCCUGUCCUUUCAGUGCAGUAUAUGUGACACAGUUGGUCCAGAGGAGUGGUUCCGAGUAUAGGAUCAGCAGCCCAUCAUUAUUUCUGCCACUGAAACAAACUGAAAGGACUGUGGUCCUAGGCUUUUCAAAUAUCCUUUGAAAAAACCAGAGAGGGUUAAUCUUUUCAUUAUGGCACUCAUUUCUUAGCCACACUUUAUCACUCCAUCACUAAACCUUUCAAGCAAUGGUAUUUACUUAGCUGGAUUUUCUAGCUCACUUUUUCCCAAGGGCUUGGGAAAUCAAUUGCACUAAAAUCAGAUUUUAUUCUUUUUUGAGAAAGAGAGAGAGCUAUAGAAAUACCAAAAUUCAAUUUCAGAAUCAUAUCUCAGGGUGGAAGAACACACUGUGUGAAUAUACAUCUAACAAAAGUCCAAGAGGCAGCUUCAAGAGGUGGAUUUGGGAUGGAGAAGCAGUGUGUGUAUGUGGGGUGUGUGUGUGUGUGUGUGUGUGUGUACAGUGUACGUGCAGCUUUCCAGACCUCAAAGAUUUCACCCAACUCAACUGGGAAUGGACCCUCGCUCAUUAAACUGCUACCGGUUGAUGCACAUUUAUAUGAGCCUGUUCUGCUGCCAAUACAACUAUAUCACUCUAUUCAGUGAUGUACUUUGGAUAUAUAUGAUCCCUGUUAGCUGUUUUCUAGUAGCUGCCUUACAGCUGUAAUCUGCUGGGCUUGAGCAAGCAGUCAGGUUUAUGGUUUAAAUGUAUCUCUCCACCAAAAAUAUUUGAGAAUGAAAAAUGAUGGAGCUAAUAUAAGAGAAUUGUGAGCCAACUUUCAGACUUAGCAAGAGAUCUGUGUGCAGGUGGGCCUUUUAAUGGGCUCUGCUGAGCACUUCGUUAUGUAGAGCCAUCACCCCAGUUUGCUAUAAAGAAUUUUCCCCUAUUGCUUUUGCCGUUUCAAAAUUAAUUUUCUUGUAAAGCCACACUGCCUUAUCUUGAGGUGAGAAGCAGUGUAAAGAGAAAGUAAGAGCUGUAAAAGAAGUUAGGGAAAUUGCUAAGGUUCAUGGGUACUGGGCUGACUCACUUGUUCCAGCAGUCCUAUUUUUAUAAGCUUUAUUUCCACUGCCCCUUUAAUGUACCUUUCAACUAAUACUGUCCUAUGGAGGAACUUCCUUCCCAGUACAGCUAUAACAAGUACAACAGAAAUUCAGAAUCCAGGAACUUUAGUCACCACUGCUUUUAUACUAUGAAUCGUGGAACCUUGUUCCCAGUGGGAUAUUGAGCAAAUCCACCAGGUUAGAUUAAGCAUGGGGCUCCUGUUUAAAUCAGAUGAUCCCAAACCAGUAGUGUAAUUCAUUCUGUUCAUAUCAAGCAUUAAAAAAUUGGUUGGAGAAUUUUUAUUGGUGACUUGGAGAAAACGAAUGUCCCUGAUUAUAGAAGAAUUGCUAGGGAAAUCUUACAAGUAAUGCUGGAUGGAAGAGUCGAUCUUCUUCUUCUUCUUUGGUGAUCAUUCAUUUGUCUUCCAUGAACACGGUCUUAACGGUGUGUCCAUAGAUGACUGUGGAGGCCAAUUCUGGAUCCACACGUCCUUCCACAUAGGUUUCCGAGCAGGAGUUGAUCUCAGGAGUUGAUCUCAGGAGUUGAUCUCAGGAGUUGAUCUCAGGCUUGCUAGAGAGGUUAAAAGCAACAAAAAAGGCUUUUAUGGGUAUGUUCGUAGCAAAAAGAAGAACAAAGAAACAGUGGGGUCACUCAGAGGAGAAGAUGGUGAAAUGCAAACAGGGGACACAGAAAGGGCUGAACUCCUCAAUGCCUUCUUUGCCUCAGUCUUCUCCGAUAAAGAAAACAAUGCCCGACCUGAAGAAUUUGGAGCAAAUGAUUCAACAGAGGAAACACAGCCCAGAAUAACUAAGGAGAUAGUACAAGAAUACUUGGCUAGUUUAGAUGUAUUCAAGUCUCCAGGGCCAGAUGAACUGCAUCCAAGAGUAUUAAAAGAACUGGCAGAUGUGAUCUCAGAACCACUGGCAGUCAUCUUUGAGAAUUCCUGGAGAACAGGCGAAGUCCCGGCAGACUGGAGGAGGGCAAAUGUUGUCCCUAUUUUCAAAAAGGGGAAAAGAGAGGACCCAAAUAAUUACUGCCCAGUCAGUCUGACAUCAAUACCAGGGAAGAUUCUGGAGCAGAUCAUUAAGCAAACAGUCUGUGAGCACCUAGAAAGGAAUGCUGUGAUCACCAAUAGUCAGCAUGGAUUUCUGAAAAAUAAGUCAUGUCAGACUAACCUGAUCUCGUUUUUUGACAGAAUUACAAGCUUGGUAGAUGAAGGGAACGCAGUGGAUGUAGCCUACCUUGAUUUCAGCAAGGCAUUUGACAAGGUGCCCCAUGAUAUUCUUGUAAAGAAGCUGGUAAAAUGCGGUCUUGACUAUGCUACCACUCAGUGGAUUUGUAACUGGCUGACUGACCGAACCCAAAGGGUGCUCAUCAAUGGUUCCUCUUCAUCCUGGAGAAGAGUGACUAGUGGGGUGCCACAGGGUUCUGUCUUGGGCCCGGUCUUAUUCAACAUCUUUAUCAACGACUUGGAUGAUGGACUCAAGGGCAUCCUGAUGAAAUUUGCAGAUGACACCAAACUGGGAGGGGUGGCUAACACCCCAGAGGACAGGAUCACACUUCAAAACGACCUUGACAGAUUAGAGAACUGGGCCAAAACAAACAAGAUGAAUUUUAACAGGGAGAAAUGUAAAGUAUUGCACUUGGGCAAAAAAACCGAGAGGCACAAAUACAAGAUGGGUGACACCUGGCUUGAGAGCAGUACAUGUGAAAAGGAUCUAGGAGUCUUGGUUGACCACAAACUUGACAUGAGCCAACAGUGUGACGCGGCAGCUAAAAAGCCAAUGCAAUUCUGGGCUGCAUCAAUAGGAGUAUAGCAUCUGGAUCAAGGGAAGUAAUAGUGCCACUGUAUUCUGCUCUGGUCAGACCUCACCUGGAGUACUGUGUCCAGUUCUGGGCACCACAGUUCAAGAAGGACACUGACAAACUGGAACGUGUCCAGAGGAGGGCAACCAAAAUGGUCAAAGGCCUGGAAACGAUGCCUUAUGAGGAACGGCUAAGGGAGCUGGGCAUGUUUAGCCUGGAGAAGAGGAGGUUAAGGGGUGAUAUGAUAGCCAUGUUCAAAUAUAUAAAAGGAUGUCACAUAGAGGAGGGAGAAAGGUUGUUUUCUGCUGCUCCAGAGAAGCGGACACGGAGCAAUGGAUCCAAACUACAAGAAAGAAGAUUCCACCUAAACAUUAGGAAGAACUUCCUGACAGUAAGAGCUGUUCGACAGUGGAAUUUGCUGCCAAGGAGUGUGGUGGAGUCUCCUUCUUUGGAGGUCUUUAAGCAGAGGCUUGACAACCAUAUGUCAGGAGUGCUCUGAUGGUGUUUCCUGCUUGGCAGGGGGUUGGACUCGAUGGCCCUUGUGGUCUCUUCCAGCUCUAUGAUUCUAUGAUUCUAUGGUGAGGGUUUGCCAAGCAUGCCUUCCUCUUAGCACAUUCCUCCCUUUCAUCCUGAGUUCAAACACCUUCAAAGUCUGUGACAGGUGUUUAGUGACUGCAAAUCUAGCUGCUAACACUCACAACCAGUCACACUAGCAAACAAAUCCAUCCCAUGGUGCUUGCCAAAUCUGACGUUGCAUUUUUGAACAGAUGUUGUUCACUUCUGUGUGCAGCAUCCAGAUGUGUAUGAUGCACAUUUGGUGCCCUGUAAUAAAAGACGAACUUGUGAAAAGCCAGAAAAAAAUGUAAAACAAAGGUGGUGACAUAUAUUAAAUUAAACAGAUUAAAGAUGUGGCGUCCUGGCAAGCAUUGAACUAUAGCAUCCCUACCUUCUUACAGAUCCAGGUCACAAUACAAAUAAAUAAAUGGGUAAAUUUGGAAUAUCCAAUUCAUUUUGGUGCUAAUAGCUUUCUUUGUCCCUCUGUCACUGGUCUUCAGACUGGCCCUGUUGUUAAGGUGAUGAGCUAAGUUAACAUAUUAGAGUAACAUAAAGACGAAUCUUUGCCAAAAUAUAUUUCUGUGUCACCUUCUCUCUCAAAAUUAAAAGACCUAUCUCUUUAGCGCCAUAAAUUAUUGCCUCUGUACCCAUAACCCCACUUAAACUAAACAUCGGUAGAACUAGCCUUUUGCAAUAGACAUUUUCUUUUGUACACCAAGGCCCCAGGCUUCAUAGAAGGAUGGGUCACAGGAGUGAAUUACUUUGCUGACCCUCCAGGGAUUUCUGCUGGUUCUUAUCUAACCCAAUUGUAAACGGAAUCUUUCUUAGACUUUGUGCAGGGAUAAGAAAAAAGAAAUUAAUGGUGUCCCUUUAGAUCAAGAUGCAAUCCCUUGCCUUUAUUUGGUAGACAACUUGCAAGCAAAGGAGCACAAGUUCGAAAGAAAACAAGAGUCAUUGCUGUAAUCUUUCUCUCUUUAAAAGGUGUGGAUUCUGUUGGGUAUGUGACUUUAGCUGUGAGGACCAAAGUCUAAGAGGAGCUUUCCUAGAGUGCAGGUAGUUAUGAGAGGCUUCAAGAUCUUCCAUGAAUCAGUGGAAGAUUAAAUACAAAUUAACCGGAUUAAAUGCAGGCAAUACCAUCUUCACAACUGCAUACAAGGAAGGAUGUCAACCAGCAUGCCUUCUGCCAUCAUUACUGCUCUGUGAUGGAAGUAGCUGGCGCCGAAUAAAAUUUGCAUUGUGUAGGCUCCUUAGCUAUACAGGAGAGGCGUCACCUUUUGAAUCUGGCAGUCUCUGUCCAUUACUGCUUCCAGUUUAGCUUUGGCAGAGAUUAGGAACACAGGAAGCUGCUUUAUACUGAGGCUGCCCAAUGGUCCAUCUAGCUGCUUACUGCCUGCUAGAAUCAUAGAAUCAUAGAGUUGGAAGAGACCAUAAGGGCCAUCGAGUCCAACCCCCUGCCAAGCAGGAAACACCAUCAGAGCACUCCUGACAUAUGGUUGUCAAGCCUCUGCUUAAAGACCUCCAAAGAAGGAGACUCCACCACACUCCUUGGCAGCAAAUUCCACUGUCGAACAGCUCUUACUGUCAGGAAGUUCUUCCUAAUGUUUAGGUGGAAUCUUCUUUCUUGUAGUUUGGAUCCAUUGCUCCGUGUCCGCUUCUCUGGAGCAGCAGAAAACAACCUUUCUCCCUCCUCUAUGUGACAUCCUUUUAUAUAUUUGAACAUGGCUAUCAUAUCACCCCUUAACCUCCUCUUCUCCAGGCUAAACAUGCCCAGCUCCCUUAGCCGUUCCUCAUAAGGCAUCGUUUCCAGGCCUUUGACCAUUUUGGUUGCCCUCCUCUGGACACGUUCCAGUUUGUCAGUGUCCUUCUUGAACUGUGGUGCCCAGAACUAGACACAGUACUCCAGGUGAGGUCUGACCAGAGCAGAAUACAGUGGCACUAUUACUUCCCUUGAUCUAGAUGCUAUACUCCUAUUGAUGCAGCCCAGAAUUGCAUUGGCUUUUUAGCUGCCGCGUCACACUGUUGGUUCAUGUCAAGUUUGUGGUCAACCAAGACUCCUAGAUCCUUUUCACAUGUACUGCUCUCAAGCCAGGUGUCACCCAUCUUGUAUUUGUGCCUCUCAUUUUUUUGCCCAAGUGCAAUACUUUACAUUUCUCCCUGUUAAAAUUCAUCUUGUUUGUUUUGGCCCAGUUCUCUAAUCUGUCAAGGUCGUUUUGAAGUGUGAUCCUGUCCUCUGGGGUGUUAGCCACCCCUCCCAGUUUGGUGUCAUCUGCAAAUUUGAUCAGGAUGCCCUUGAGUCCAUCAUCCAAGUCGUUGAUAAAGAUGUUGAAUAAGACCGGGCCCAAGACAGAACCCUGUGGCACCCCACUAGUCACUUUUCUCCAGAGAGCUUUAGAGAGCUCCAGAGAGUCUAUUCCAGACUACCUGGAAAUGUUGAGGAUUGAACCUAUGAUAUUCUGCCUGCAAAGCUAUGGUCUCUUCCUUUCAGGAUGGCCCCAGAUAGACUGAACCUACCCACUACUUUUCCGGGAUAGGCCUGGUCCAAAAGUCCAACUAGACCAGCAUUCCAUCUUCCACAGUGGCCAACCAGAAGCUUCUGGGCAGCCUAUAAAUGAUGUCCUUCAGUUUCUUAAACCUCCUGGGAGGUUUAACAUUGUCCUCUUUCUAUGCUCCUCCUGAUGGAAACAUGCAGAUGCGGACAGAUAUAACCCCUGCUUUAAGUCAUUUAAAUAUUGUCUUUUCUUGUAUAUUAUUUACCACUUAGCUCAAUGACUAAGCUCUUUAGUGACAAAAUGUCUGAUUACUGGAAUGACGUCCGAGCACUGUACCACGGGUAUAUCACAAGUGGACUCUUUAUUACUGUGUUUGCAAUUGUUCAAGAUAAAAUCUAUUUUGGAAGGAGAAGAAAUGAGCACUGAAACACUGAUGUAAUAUAUCAUAUUACAAGUGAACUCUUUUAUUACUGUGUUUACAAUUGUUUAAGAUAAAACCUAUCAUACUUUUCUCUGUAUAUGACAAGGGUUUUUUAAAUUUAAAAAUUAUGUUAAAAAUUGUGGGUCGUCUUAUACAUGGGUGGGGGGGGCAUGGGAUUGGUUGCUGCCAUGAGCCAGAGAUUAUCACUGGCUAUUGAGCAUGUUAUUGGUGGCUGCGGCAAGGGCUGGUGAUGAUCGCCUGUUGCUGCGGCAAUUGGGCGAUUGGUGGCUUCUGCCGGUGAGGGAACAGGAGCGUAGGUCAGGCGGGUGAGCGAUUUCCGGCAAUCCCCCCUAAAAAAAAGCUCAAUAACCAUGGGCAAUCCUUCCCAAACAAAGCUCAGCAACUCUGGGCAAUCUCCCCCCAUUUCCUUAAUUUGGGGUCCCCCCAAAAUAGGGGGCAUCUUAUACAUGGGACCAUGUUAUACACGAAAAAAUAUGGUACUGUACUUUAGAAAGAAACUACUUUUGCCAAGCAGUACACUGCUUAAGAACUUGGAAGGUCCAAGUCUAAUAGCAGCUGGUGUAUGUACACUAUCAUGGUGGUUCAGACUGUAGCAGAGUGCUAAUUUUAGGGGCAGGGGGUUUCAGAGUGUUGGGCAGGCCUGUUUAGAAAAGCUCAAGAUGUAUAACGGGAGGUACAAGCUUCUGACUCCUCCCAGGGGGAGGAAUAGCUAUGACUUUUCCUCAUCCAUCAUCACCAACUAAUCAGUACAGUAUGUGCAUCUGUUUCCUGCUUCUUGUGUUGAUUGAAUUCUCAAAUUAAGAAAUAAUAAUUAAGUGAACAAGUGAAUAAUUAAGUGAACAAGCCAUAGCUUGCAUGUUCUAAAGCUCUUCCAUUUCUCCAGAGACCUUGGCAGUUAAUAGGCGAUGUUUUCAGAGGUACAUGUAUCUCAUUGUAGCCUAGCUUUUUGUAUCUCUUACCUUUGUAAAUGGUGCCUUAAACCAGUCUGAAGCAUGGAUUGCAAUAUUGGUGGAAUCAACUUGACUUACAUUUGCUGAAUCAGUUACAGGAUUCCUGUGCCCCCAAACACGAGAAACCUCUUAAGAUUAUUACUCAUCUGCAUUCAUGAGAUUUAUGCAACACUUCCUUUUGAGUGGAAGAUCUUCUGAUCUUUCUCCCUUUACUUGUGACACUGGGGUGGGUCAGGUGAUGAAAUUGAUCUCAUGUCUUGAUAUCCCUGACAAUGACUUUGUCAACUGAGAGCAGCAAGCAUUAAAUCAGGCCUGUAAAACUGGAGACCCAGCAAGCUAAACACAACACACCAGCUUUCCCUUUUGUGGCUUGCAGGUGCUUAACAACUUCCAUAGUUUGUGUAGUCCCAGGUGUGGUGCCAAACGAGUUGAUUAAGACACGCAUGAUAGGUCUGCAAGUUGCAUAUGCCUGCCAUUUAAAAAGAGAGUCAAUGUCAUUUUGUGGUGAGAGUGUUAGACUCUCAGAAUUCAAAUCUCCAUGAAACUCAUUGAGUAAAGUUGUGUUAGUCACCUACUCUCAGCCUAAGCUACCAUAUAGGGUUUCUGAGAUGAAAAAGCAGGGAAAUGUAUGCCACCCUGAUUUCCAUGGGGGAAGGGUGGGAUAAACAGGGCCUCUUCUGCAGGGGCUCCCUAUUUGUGGAAUGCUCUCCCCAGACAUGCUUGCCUGGUGUCUUCAUUACAUAUCUUCAGACGCCAAGUGAAAACAGUCUUAUUAUCCAAGGCCUUUGAUUAAGUAAACAAUCUAUGACUUUUUAAACGGGGGAGGGGGGGAGAUUGGUUUGUUGGUUUGUUUGUUAUACACAAAAGGCAGCAUUUUUUUUAAAUACUGUAAACCAUCUUGGCUGAAGGGCAAUAUAUAAAUUUAAUAAACAAAACUAAAAAUGUAGUAAAUAAUAAUUGCAACAAGUAAUAGGGAAAUGGAACUUGUCAUGAAGAAGUAAUCAUGAGUCAUUAAAUCCAAUUUAUUUCAUAAAAUGGUUUUGGCAUGUAUUAUACAUACACAGUCUAAAAUAGCUUAAUCCUGUUUUUUGUGGGUUUUUUGGUAAAUAAACCAUGCAUUAGCCCUCAGAAACUUUACUUUCCUCCUCCGGACAUGUGUGUAUAUAUGGGCUUCAAAGCAAUGGAGUGAGUAAUUGGUUAACCAGGAGGAAUUCACAACUGACACCAGAUGAGUAGACAUUUGCAACAUUGGCUUAAGAUAAAAAAAGAGAAGAAAUUAAAACUUUCUAUUAAAAACGUGCAUAAGAAGUGGUGCAGAAUACAGUACCUACAUAUGUUUAUUGACACAAACUUCUUUCAUUUCUCCUGCCAGUCCCACUUUUGAAGAUCCAAAGAAGGUCUCUGUCCCUGCCUUGGAAAGGUUUGUGUUUUUAAAUGCUGGGAUUUGGGGCUAUGAUAAUAAAAACCAAGCCCAACAUCAGCACCUGGCAUGGUGGGGCAAAUGCUGGGGUGAUUGAUGCUAGGAUUAUUUUAUUGUUAAUCGUUUUGUCAAGUUGCAAGGGUUCAGCACUCAGAUGAGAAGGGCAGGCCUGGCACAGCUGCAAUGACUGCCAUCCGCCACCCUCGGUGCCACUGGGUCCCAGCAAAGCUACGCUGGCUGUGAAGCUAUACAGGGAGCCAGAGGCAUUUUGGGGAAAGAAGAUGGUGGCCACUUCAUGCUGCACCUGGCACCUAAAAGCAAGUUGUGCCAACACAGUUGCCUCCCACAAAGCACCCACUUUCAAGACUGGCACACCUUUUCUUGUUUUUAAAAACCUGGUACUAAGAGAAAGACUGGGAGGCUACAGCAGCCUCUUCCUGUUACUGGUCAUCCCUAGUAUCCAGUAAAAUCACAACUUUUGCUCAAAUAAUUGAUCUGACAGCUUCCAUUUUCCUUUUUGGUCCUUUCUUUGCUGCUUUCUCACAUGGAAACAAGAUAAAGCUGCAAUAACCACAGAACAAAGCUAGUGUUAGCAUACCAUUAACCCCCCCCAAUGUAUUUACGUUACUUUUGUCACUGUUUUGGAAGCACCCAGGGUGAUCAUCUGACUAACUGAUUUCCUGCCAUCGUAUCUCAGUGCCCAGUUUUUGUCCAACUUAUGGUGAAUUCACAUUUUGAGCAAUUUAGCCAAUGGCUAACUUGCUCAGAGUUCCUGUUGUUGAGUUAUAGGCUGAUAUGAUAGGGGGCAAUAAUCCAUGAUGGCUUCCUGAAUCAGGAAGUGGGAAACUAUUACUAUGUGGAUGUCAUAAUUUGUGAGCUAAUCCCUUGUUAAUUGCUCACUGUCAGAGAGAUUUCUAAGCUUGUAGAUUCUCAUAGCUCUAUAUGAUUAUUACUGGCUGGGGUUUUUUUUGGGGGGGGGACAGUUAUACCAACCCAGGAUAUGCUUAUAAGCAAACUGCUAACAAGGAUGCCAAGUUAAUGGGCUCAUUUCCUCGACUAAACUGUACCUGGCUGCUUUGGCAGCUUUACAGUUUAUCGUUAGGACACAUCUUAAAUUCUCAUCUUGUCAGGAGCAUGCUAAUUUCGUUUAGGCUAUGCUAAUUCCACCCCUAUAGCCAUUUCACUUUACCUGGUAAAGGGUGAGGCUGGUUGAGAUUCUGCAGAAGAGUAAUCCUCAAUGACAGAAUGGGAGUGAGAGUAUGGAGUCUUUCCCGUGUCUUUUUCCUGUGAUGCAGUAACCGUUUUACGCUGGGGCAUGUCUGUAAAACACUAGAGGUAAUUAAAGCAUCCUUUGAAGGUACAAAAGGAUUAAAUGAGAGACCACAUAGUGUGGCAGCUGCCAUGUUGCAUUUAGACUGGGGACACCCACAUUCAAGUCCCCGAUCAGGCAUGAAGUUUAGUUGGGCCUGUCACUGUCUGUCUACAGGCUUUGGAAUCUACCUUUAAAAACAAAACAAAACCCAGAAUCUAAAGCUCUGCCUGCCCGAUCUUAGUAUAAUCUGCUUUGCAUUUUUUUUCCUAGUUAAAACUUGGGUGGUUAGAACAUUAUGUGCCACCCUGGGCUCAUUGGAGGAAACCGAAAUUAAAAUGUAGCACAUAAACAGUGGCAGAUCUUGGGGUCUCAAAUUUCAGCGGUGCCCUGUUCAACACCAAAGUUCAGCAUCCUUCUCCCUCUCGUGCUCUAUUCUAAAGUAUAGCUGUGGCGUCCCCAGCAGUGCCCCUGGGGCGCACGGGGCACCCCUCUAAAUCUGCCUCUGACAUAAAUGAAAUUGAUGCAGAGAGUCUAAAAGGCCACUUCCCAUUACUAGGACAUGUGUUUGGUGCUGAAUGUACCCAUCUGGCCAUGUUCAAAAACUAGAGGAUGCUGGGUUUGGCUUAAUAUGCAAAGCAAUUAUGAUGCUCUAAACCAGAAAUGGGAACCUUGCAGCCUCCCAAAAGCUGUUGAAUUCCAGCUCCCUUCAGCCACAACUAAUACUGCCAACAGUCAGGCCUGAAGGGAUCUUUGGUCAAAAAUAUCUGGAGGCAGGUUUCCUGUGCUUCCUUUGGAGGAAGCAAGCUUAAUAUCAGAGCACGUUCUCUGUAUAUAUGCAGGCUCACAUUCAGUCCCUGAAAUUUCCAGUUAAAAGAUCUCAGCCUGAGAAACACUGCCUGUGAUACUUGCCACCAGAAUUGAUGUUGGUGCUUUAAAUAAACAUUAGAGUUUGAUUCAGCAUAGGUUAGCUCAUUACAUUCUCUUACAUCUGCCAAGGCGGCAAUCCCCACACAUUUACUUGGGAGUAAGUCCCAUUGAUUGCAAUGAGACUUACUUCAGAGGAGACAUGGUUAGGAUGUGAGAUGUUCUGGAAUAAGAGCAUAGGAGUCACAGGUUAACGUAUGGGACUGAGCCUAAAUCUGCAGACUCUCUUCUGAAUUGGAUGUCUUACUAGAAUUAUUUAAAGACUUAUAUACCACAGCCUAGCAAAAACCGUAUUAUGCAUCCUUAAUAAAUUAUGCAAAUUAAAUUUACAUAUACUGUAUAUACUUUGCAUAAUGUAUUCUGCUUUCAAGACAGGUUUCCUUUUUUCUUUACAAGAUGGCUGUCAGAGUGCAAACAGGAAAGAAUAAUAUGAAGACUAUAGAGUAGAGCAGGGGGACGACGACUGCAGAAUAGUGCAGCUAUGGGCUUCAGGGCAUUAUUAUUUUACUUGCUUGUUUACAGAAAUCCAACCCAUGAAGGUUCCAUUGUUUUAACCUUCACCAAUCAUUGCUUGCACAUUUCUGUUAUUUCUCUGCCAGGAACUUACUUUUAAAAAGAUCAGUUUGAUUGGUUGUAGUCAGCUAGUCCAACUCAGAGUAGACCCACUGAAAUUUUUGAACCUAUAAUGCUUCAGCUGUAUGGUGUGAAUGUGACCUUAGUCGUGCCCAUAGACUUCAAUGUGUCUACUCUUGAGUAGGACUAGUAUUGCAUACCACCCGAUAUUCUCAAGAUGCCAAAUUAUGUGCUAUAUUCCAUACCUGAAUGAAGUGUUGGCAGACAUGAUAAAUAUGCAGGAUUCUGGUUUGUUAUGCUGCUGCGACAAGCUUUUGACUAAAAAAACACUGGGUCUGCUGUAUUAAUGCUCUUUUAUCAGUUUCUUACCAUUAACACAGCUGCAUUAGGACAAAACCUUUGCACAGUGAUGGGAUGAUCACACAGUGAGGCACAUGUGAAUUCACCAUAGUGGCAUUCAGAACAUGCUGCCAGAUUGAUAUAUUAUAUUGCCUUGAAACAGAAACCAGAGUUCACAAGCUUAUCAGGAAUGUUGCAACAUGACGCUUAACACCUAACACCACCUGCAAGAUGAUUAGGAUUCCCAUUGUGUGUGGUUUUCAGUUGGCCUUAUGAUACAACUCACACUGCAAACUUCUCCCUUUCUUUUCCCCUAUAUAUAGUUUUUAUAGUGAGCCUUUGCCUCUGGAAGAGCCUGUUUGCGAGCAGCAGAAAGAGACAGAGAAGUCAAAACGUGGAAAGAAAAAAUCAAAGAAAUAG